ACCACGCCCUGAGUUCGAUGGACGGGUUAGCGUUCCAAGCGGAGAGCGCAUGCGUGUUCCUCCUUGCUUGAUGUAGCCGGGUAGAAGUAAUCGAGCGCCGAGUUGAUCGAACGCAAUGCUGGUUUGUGGUGAGUGAGAGAUCCUGUUGGAUGCUGUGGGUCUGACAUGGAGGUCUGCAGGCUGCUGGGAGCAGGAUUGAGAGGUAAUACAUUGUAUCCAGUGCUGCAUGGGGGCCUGAUACAGAGUAACUGGUGCCCAGUCUGUGCCUGGCUCCUGAGUGGGUUACAGUCACAGAGGGUGUAAUAAUAUCAGACCCUCCAUUAUUCUGGUUAUAUUGAUAGAGGGUGUAAUAAUCUGUGAGAUCCUAAUAUCAGACCCUCCAUUAUUCUGGUUAUAUUGAUAGAGGGUGUAAUAAUCUGUGAGCUCCUAGUAUCAGACCCUCCAUUAUUCUGGUUACAGAUAGAGGGUGUAAUAAUCUGUGAGAUCCUAAUAUCAGACCCAUCCAUUAUUCUGGUUACAGAUAGAGGGUGUAAUAAUCUGUGAGAUCCUAAUAUCAGACCCCUCCAUUAUUCUGGUUACAGAUAGAGGGUGUAAUAAUCUGUGAGCUCCUAGUAUAAGAACCCUCCAUUAUUCUGGUUACAGAUAGAGGAUGUAAUAAUCUGUGAGAUCCUAAUAUCAGACCCUCCAUUAUUCUGGUUACAGAUAGAGGGUGUAAUAAUCUGUGAGAUCCUAAUAUCAGACCCUCCAUUAUUCUGGUUAUAUAGAUAGAGGGUGUAAUAAUCUGUGAGAUCCUAAUAUCAGACCCUCCAUUAUUCUGGUUAUAUAGAUAGAGGGUGUAAUAAUCUGUGAGCUCCUAAUAUCAGACCCUCCAUUAUUCUGGUUACAGAUAGAGGGUGUAAUAAUCUGUGAGCUCCUAAUAUCAGACCCUCCAUUAUUUUGGUUACAGAUAGAGGGUGUAAUAAUCUGUGAGAUCCUAAUAUCAGACACUCCAUUAUUCUGGUUAUAUUGAUAGAGGGUGUAAUAAUCUGUGAGAUCCUAAUAUCAGACCCUCCAUUAUUCUGGUUAUAUAGAUAGAGGGUGUAAUAAUCUGUGAGCUCCUAAUAUCAGACCCUCCAUUAUUCUGGUUACAGAUAGAGGGUGUAAUAAUCUGUGAGCUCCUAAUAUCAGACCCUCCAUUAUUUUGGUUACAGAUAGAGGGUGUAAUAAUCUGUGAGAUCCUAAUAUCAGACACUCCAUUAUUCUGGUUAUAUUGAUAGAGGGUGUAAUAAUCUGUGAGAUCCUAAUAUCAGACCCUCCAUUAUUCUGGUUAUAUAGAUAGAGGGUGUAAUAAUCUGUGAGCUCCUAAUAUCAGACCCCUCCAUUAUUCUGGUUAUAUUGAUAGAGGGUGUAAUGAUCUGUGAGAUCCUAGUAUAAGAACCCUCCAUUAUUCUAGUUACAGAUAGAGGUUGUAAUAAUCUGUGAGCUCCUAAUAUCAGACCCUCCAUUAUUCUGGUUACAGAUAGAGGGUGUAAUAUUCUGUGAGAUCCUAAUAUCAGACCCUCCAUUAUUCUGGUUACAGAUAGAGGGUGUAAUAUUCUGUGAGAUCCUAAUAUCAGACCCCUCCAUUAUUCUGGUUACAGAUAGAGGGUGUAAUAAUCUGUGAGCUCCAUUAUUCUGGUUAUAUUGAUAGAGGGUGUAAUAAUCUGUGAGGUCCUAAUAUCAGACCCCUCCAUUAUUCUGGUUACAUUGUAUUUUGUUGUAUCUAUGUGGUCACAGUGCCCCCCGGUACAUUAAUUAAUUACCAUUAUGGUGGAAAUGGGUGCUAUCUGGGUAUUGUUAGUAUUGGGCACAGUUAUACCCAGUAAUACAUCCCCAGGACGUAUUUGAAAACCAGAGUAAUCUGAAUGUACCUUUCCUGGUUAAAUACUUUGUUAUUAUUAUUAUUAUUAUUAUUAUUAUUAUUAUUAUUAAUAAUACAGGGAGGUAGAUUUGAUGGUUGCUGGGUGAGGGUAAUAUGGUGUCAGUGGAAUAAUUGGGAAAGAUUCUAUAUAUAGAAGGAGUUGGUGUGAUUGAGGGUGGGGUAUGUGUGCCAGUGACAGGGCUAAUAUGGUAGUAAUGGGGCAGUUUACUGAUACAACAGAGUGGGUCAUAUAUUUAUAUAGUGCCAGGGCCUGUUGAUCUGUGGGAUACAGUUGUUCACAGUUUCUGCUUGGGGGACCAGCCAUGGCAGAGGGAUGGAUUAGGCAGAGAUAGGACAUAUCACAGGCACAUUCGAUCUUCUUUUUUUAUUUUAUUUUGUAGUGACCGGGUUUUUAAAAAAUAUCUGGGGCUACUGGGCCAGUGCAAUAUAUUCAAUCCACUCUCCCUUUUUCUGAACUUCUACAAGUAACCGCUACUUCUCAGCCAAUUCUGCUCCUCUGAUAGUGUUACAUGCAGAUGCUGUGAACGACCCAUAAGCCUUUGCUUCGCAAGGUAUUAACAAUUCAUUAUUAUUAUAAUUAUUGGCAUUUCUAUAGCGCCAACUUAUUCAGCAGCGCAUUACAAUAUUAGAGUUCAUGUAAAUGAAGACAUGAAUCCUCUCUGCAAAGUAGCAUAAUCAGCGGUGUGUCCUUUUUUUGGCUUGCAGAAUAGCUAUAUGUCUGAUUAGUUCUAACUGCUGGUCAGGUUUAAUGUACAGUACUCUGCUCUGAAACCACCUGUAAUAACCCUACAAAGCACAGCAGGCAUGGAGUGUAACUUUAAAUUAUAACACUUUAGUACCAAGAAAAAAACGUGUUUUCUGGUGACGUCUGUGUGACAGCAUGGAUGGGAACGUUUUAGUGGCCAUUGUUUAUGUUUGGAGGGGGGGGUUACAUUAUUGAUGUAGAUUUUCUCUGUUUAUCAUAGAAGGUUUUAUUCUGAUUGAGCAGACAUGACUUCGAACCUCCCUGUUGAAGUCUGUCUCCUCCAGACUAUGUUCUGACAUCCACAUGAUACGCAGAAUACGGCCGUCAGAUUAUUUGUAGACCUGCUGCGGUUUCUGUUGCUUUUAUUAGUUGAUGAUUACAUUACACCUGCAUCUCUGCAGAAAGCCUGAAUCUGGAAAGAGCUGCUCAUUUGUGGUUUAGAAUAAAAAAGGUUACGUUAUCCGCUCUCUUAAAAUAACAUCUCUGAUUACAACUCAAAGAGGACGAUCUUCUUCUUAAAAUAACCAUUUCUUUUUAACUCUUGCAUGUCGAGGGGCCAUGCAUCCCACUGUCCUGCAAUCUAUCCAUGAUUCUAUCACCACCAAAGAUUUCAUCUUGAAGUGAUGCUGAGUGAUUCAAACGCAGAUGUUAAAUGGAGUUAGGAUAGCGUGAAAUAGAAAGUCAUUUUAUUAGCUUUUAUUGGAUAUCCAGAACUCGGCAUGUCACGAAAAGACAUGAAUGAAUCUAGAGUACUUUGAUUAGCUGGUUGAGUAUCUUCAUUCAUGUGUGAUGUAAAAAUGGGAAAGUCUGAUGUACGUUGGAGAACUGGUGUGUACCUAGCUUUGAAUCUCUGUACUGAUAAUAUCCCUUACCUCCAGGGCAGUCUACUGUCAUCUCUCAGGGGAAAUCCAUUGUACAUUAGACAGCCAAUGGCGGUACAUUAGAAAGCCAAAAUCGGUACUUUUCCCCAAAUUAUUAGUGCCUUCCUCCCCUCAGUGUUUACUGUCGCCUGUUUUAUGCCCACAGAUAAUGUUUCUAGAGUCGCCACUGAUUAAGCCGUAGAGGUUUUGGUGCCUAGUAGGUCCCUUUAAAGAUGAAGGAAAGGAAAAGUCUACCCACACACACACACUCCACCUUCUUCCUCCAACACAUAACACUCCUUACGCAGGACCGCAUUCACACCUCCUGUCCACAUGCACAACACUCAGUCUCCAAGAUUUGGCCACCAACACACACAACAAUCAGCCACCACACGCAAAACACUCAGCUGUCUGUCCCCUCACGCGGAAUAGAACCGUGGUCUCUUGGUGGGAGCCCCAAUCAGGCAUCCUUCCUAGGGUCCUGGGGAAUCAGAAUCCAGAUCUGCCUGGAAACUGUACAUUUUAACCCCCAUCAUUAUCCAACUCCACAAGUAUUUCAGUUCACUUGGGGAUGGGGAAUUCCUGAUGCCGGGACAGGCAGGUCUUGGUGCCAGACAGGAAGAAUUUGUUUCACAUUUAGCCCUGCAGCAGGGCAGACACUGGUCUGAGCCAUAGAGCCGCAGGGACUACUUUGUUUUAUGCUAAAUCUAAGGUUGACAAAAGGUGGAGCUCCACCAUUAACUUUGGGAUUCAGACAUUGAUCUAUAGAGGCAUCUGCACAGAAUGAAUAUGGUGGCGGCCACGAGGGACAGCUUCAGGUAAGUACAAGUGCCUUCCCCUACACCCUGUGACCACCAGACCAUGAGUGGAGAUGGCCAGGGCCAUCUUUAAUAUAGAUUGGACCCUGGGCAAGCAUUUGCUUGGGCCCCCUAGCCCCCUUUGCCCAUUAAUAACUAUCACAGUCACUGUGUCUGAGAGUGAGUCUGACAGUGAGUAUCUUUGUGUUCAAAUGUACGUCUCUGUGACCAUGUGUAUGUUUGGGUCCCGGGCCAUAUGUGUGGGGGGUAAAUGUUCCAGAGAACUGACUACUCCUGUUUAACAGCUGAUAUGACUCUUCCAGUUGAAUUGGAUAUCUCUCUGGUUAAAUAAUAAUUUGGUGACCACUUGUUGUUAAUAAGUUCCAGAGUUCUAGUAGGCGUAAUUUUCUGCUUGGGUGAUUUUUAAACCAGUGUGUUCUUGAGUUUGACCUUGUAAUGUGUGCAUUAAAGUGUCGCUAUCCUGUCUGCGACACAACUGCUUAUAUUUUGUCAGCUAGGGAAGAAGCUGAAGGUAGAUGGAUAUACAGUUGCACAAAUUGGUCAUAAAAUGUGAUCUGAUCAUCAUUUAAAGGACCACUCUAGGCACCCAGACCACUUCAGCUUAAUGAAGUGGUCUGGGUGCCAGGUCCAGCUAGGGUUAACCUAGUGAGAGCACGCCAGCGUCCAUAGGAAAGCAUUAUGAAUGCUUUCCUAUGCGACUGGCUGAAUGCGCGCGCAGCUCUUGCCGCGCGUGCGCAUUCAGCCGACGGGGCGGAUCGGAGGAGGAGAGCUCCCCGCCCAGCGCUGGAAAAAGGUAAGUUUUUACCCUUUCCCCCUUCCAGAGCUGGGCGGGAGGGGGUCCCUGAGGGUGGGGUACUCAGGUACUAUAGUGCCAGGAAAACGAGUAUGUUUUCCUGGCACUAUAGUGGUCCUUAAGUCACAACAAUAGACAAUCACAGUCUGCUUAAACUAAUAACACACAAAGAAUGAAAUGUUGCCAUGUUUUUAUUGAACACACCAUGUAAACAUUCACAGUGCAGGUGGAAAAAGUAUGUGAACCCCUAGACUAAUGACAUCUCCAAGAGCUAAUUGGAGUGAGAUGUCAGCCAACUGGAGUCCAAUCAAUGAGAUGAGAUUGGAGGUGUUGGUUACAGCUGCCCUGCCCUAUAAAAAUCACAUUUUAUGACCAAUUUGUGCAGAAGUCCAUAUCAUUCCAAAGGGUUCACAUACUUUUUCUUGCAACUGUACCUACCUGAACGUCUCCCUUGUAGGCUCCAUGUUUUGUCAACUUAGAUUUGACCACAUGACCAAGUAGUCCCUAUAUUUAGAAGGCUCCUAAUUUUUAAUGAUAUUCCAACUUGAUCAGUAUGGGUAUUUCGUAGAGAAACCACAAACAAAAUUGACACGGUAGUGGUAGAGCAGCUUUGACUAGUUAGCAGAGUUUGUUGAGAUUUAUGUCUUUGAUUUUAACAACCCCAAUUUGAGAUUCAUUUUUAUUUAUUUUUAGAAACCUUUCACAAGCAGGAAGUUUAAUGUCAUGACUUGAUAUAACACAGAUUUUGUUUUUAAUCUUAAGCCUUUACGUCAAACAUAAAUCUUGAUAUUCCUCCUUUUUACAUGGUUACAUGGUUACAUCGUAAUGUAGGCAGAAAAAAAACCAAUCAGGUCGGUCAACAAUAUGCAAAAGAAAGCGUUUCAUUUCACAGUUUUUCAAUUUAUGAUCAUCUGAAUAUAAAGUAUGAAGCCACAUUGUCACCUUUGGGAUUUUCAUGAAGAUGGAAUCACAGAUAAACUGUGUUGGAGUUACACUGAGAUUCCACUGUAACAAACACACAUAUAUACAUAUAUAUCACACACACACAAUAGAGAAAGUAUAGACUAUUACUUGUCUAAUAUAGGGCUCUGUUUUUAGUAAAACCGGGUUCGACAUAUCCCAGACGCCAGGUCGCCAUAACAUUUAAGAAUUUUGUCCUGGUGCCUGGAUUUGUCAGCCCGUUCCCUCCAUCGCCGUGAAGCUAUCUGCACGCCUGGAGUAAGUGAAGGGAGCUGUAAUCACUUCCUCACAGCCUCAAGGAGAAUUGUAAGAUGGCAGGGGUCUGAGUAAAGACGGCUACGCUCACGUCCCGCCCCCAUUCUGCAAAGCCGGCCGCCCACCCAUUCCCAUGCUCGACCUCAGCACUGGGAGGAAGCUGUUCCAUUCACUUCCUCUCGGCAUGGAGAUACAGGAGGAGGAGCGGGGUGUCAUGCGUGUAUGUCUGUAUGUGUAUUUGUGUGUAUCUAUGAAUCUCUGUGUGUACCUAUUUGAGUGUAUAAAAAAAUAAUAUAUAUAUUGUGUGAUAGAAUGGGUGUGUGUGUGUGUGUGUCUGUCAGUGAAUGUAUUUGUUUAGGUCACCAACCCCCUCUGAUCGUAUGGUGUUUUUACUCGCCUUUUUUCCAACGUUGUGCCUUUCUCGCCGUGAAUGGCCCACAUCCAUAGUGAGAUUAUCAGUCUUGAUUAUCUCAGCCAAGGAAAGCAUUGGGAGGCUAUUGAGCUGCAAAAUGUGGGACAAUUAGCAUCUCGUCAUAGAGAUGCAUAAAAUCAGUGCAUCUCUAUGGAAAAAUGUCCAGUGCCUCCUUGCAGAUCAUGGAGACGCUGAAUGUGGGUAGAUAGUAGACAUUUUAGUGUCCAUUUGAAUAACGGCCACUAGAGUUGUUACUAGACAGAAAUGUAAACACUGCCUUUACUCUAAAAAAUGCAAUGUUUACAUUGAAAAGCCUUCAGGGACAGGCUAUAGACAUCAUGACAACUACAUUAAGCUGUAUUGGUUCUGGUGACUAUAGUGUCCCUUUAAAGUUCAGUAUUGGUACGUCUAUUGGGUUUGAACAAACUUUAUUGAACACCAAACUUUUUUGAACAAGUCUGAGAAGAUUUUGAAUAUUUUUGGUCAGUGUAAUGAAACUGUCAAACCACACAGAUCCUCUUCACGUCUGAAUAUAGGUCAUAAUGUAACUUAUACAGGAAGGAAAGUUUCAGAAAGUUUUUGUUUUUAAGGGACAAUAUAUGCACCAUAACAACCUUUGCUUAAAUAUUCUCCAGUAUUGGUCAAUUAAAUCGAUACCUGUCGCUUGUACUUUGGAUAUAACCUUCUGCAUGGUAGGGCUCCACUAAUGAUCUCAAACCAUGAGGAUCUGCAAAUAUCACUGAAGGUACUUUGGCUAUUUACUGGAAGGUAAAUUGAAAGAAAGGGAUUAAAAAAACAACAAAAAAACAAAUAUAAAUAAAUAUAUAAAAAGUUUUGUGCAAAAUAUAAACUAAAAUAGUACAGUUUAAACCGUACUACAUCCACCCCUCUCUAUUCCAAACUCGUCUAAUUUGUGCUAAAUUUUGCAGUCUGUCAGGAUUAUUUAUUAACUGGAAAUGGUUAUGAACUGACCUGGAAAUUUAACAUUUUGGGCCAAAGUAUGUGAGAGAGACUUUUAUUUACAAUCUCCUGAUUACUUCUUAAAAUUCUGUUUUUAGUAAACAAACCCAAGAUGUUUUUAAUUUCAGAAUAACUCCCCUUCGAGUCCCAGAGAGUCCCGCGACUAGUCCGAUACAUCCAUACCUCCUAACGUGUUCUAACUGGUGCUGUCACAGAUGGAAUCUUUCUUAAAACCCAUACAGUUCAAUAUCUAUAUAAGGCAACAUAGACAUUACUUUGUUUUAUGUUGGCUUCUGAAAAUUUUUGGAUUACAAAAACAAUGUAAGACAAGAAAAUUGCAAAUUGUAGGUCGAAAUAGCUGAACGUAACUAUUUUUGCUUUAAAAUUGCUGCUAUUCUGUCAAUUUCCCACAAUUCUCAGUUAGUGAAUAAUACCACUUAUGCUUUUCAUGUUUGUUUCAUUUGUAACAAAUAAUAUGAAUAAAUUUGGAAUACGUCCCCUGAUUUGUAUUAUUUAUUUUUUAUGAUCAGAUAGGCAAGGCUUGGAGUACAUGUACCUUUUCACACCCUCUGUCUCGCAGUGUGUUUUGUCAUUUUCAGUGUUCUGUUUGUGCUGGCUGACUGGUGUCAUUGUGUUGUGUGAGCACAGCUGUGAUGGCUCCUGUUUACACACAGCUCCGUGUUUGUGACAUGGAUGAGACAGAUAUUGGGCAAGCUGCAUAAUAUGUUGUGUGAGAGAGAGAGAGUGUGUGUGUGUGUGUGUGUGUGUGUGUGUGUGUUUGUUUUUAUUUUUUUUAAUUUUUUUUUUUUUCUUCUUUUUUUACUCCUCUUAAACGAGAAGCCGCUUACAUGCCAAUGUUUCUGGUGUUGCCAAGUAAAUAUUCAGAUAGGUUCACCUUGUUUUAGAUGAGACGGGUCAUAGCUGCAGGGUAUUGUUAGCGGCUCUGCCAUUGGAAAGUUUUUAUUUUUGUAUAGAUCAGUUUAAAACAAAAUUCUCAUCAGUUUAUUAUUGCUGAAAGUAUUUUAAGAAACUGCAAUUUUUAAUUUUUUUUUUGAAUUACAUUGCAAUGUUUACAUUCUUAAAUAACUUACUCAGUUUAAAAAAAUAAAUAAAUACAUGCUUAAACCAGUCUGUGUUGCAACAACCAAUCAGAACCUGGACAUUUCGUAAACAUGCUGAUUAGCUGAUAAUCUCUGUGUUUAAUUUUCCAAACGUUUACCAGUAAAAAAAUAACUCUGCUCCCACAAAAUAUGUUACAAUUCACACAAGGUAGAGGCAGGUUUAUAUUAUGGUGCAAACAAAUUCUGAUAACCGAACUAUAUUACAACAAAAUAAAUAGUAAAUACAUAGAAUUUAAUUUAUUAAAAGGGGAAAAAAAUAUAUAUAUUUUCAUUGUAUAGAUUAUGGUGCAUAUAGGACCCUAGGUUCUGCCUCCCAGCUUACAACGGCAAUUUUUAGCAAAAAUCACUGCAUCUAUAAGCACCCAAGAAUGCAGUACCUCCAUACGUAAUUAUACUAUUUUUAUAUUUAUUGCAAAUAUUUUUUAUUUUUUUUAAAAUUAUAAUUAAAAAGAUUAUUAAAUUAAUAGCAAAGGAGCCUCGUGAUUGACUGAGUCAUUUCCUGGUCUGGGCAAAGCUCACUGCAGCCGCAAAGCUUCAGGAUGGAUGUAAAUUCAAGAAUGGCAUCCUCUUUUUUGUUUUAAUUUUUUUUUUUUUAAAAAACAAAAAAAUUUGCAUAUAUUUAGAAUGCGUUAUCUGUAUAACUCAUGCCCUGAGUGUUCCUGUAAAGAGUUUUUUUUUUUUCUUUUUUUAAAAUUACAAUUAAAAAAAUUACCAAUUUCAGUAGUUAAAUUUGAAAUAGAUGAAAACCAGAAUAGAGGAAUAGACGCCAAAAAUCUAAUUAGUUCUGCACAAUGUCUUCUCACAAGACGCAGCCACGGAAAUGAUAGGAUGGAUGUAUACUAAACGAGCUGAAAACUUUAAAGUGUCUUGGACUUCACAUUGGACAUUAUGAACAUCUAUGCUAAAUAAUAUAAAUUUCAUUAGAAAUGUUUCCUUGUUAAAUUUUUAUUUGAUUUCCGUCCACGCACCUACUUUCUCCCUGUAUGUCCGGUUAUUAGAACUGUAAAGGAUUAACAAGGAAUCGGAUGCAGGGUUACAACAAAACAUGAAAACUCUAAACACAAAGUUUUUGUUAAUAUCCAAAGCGUCCAGGUCUAAUCUGCCAGUCCGUGGUUCAGAUUUAGAGUCACUAACUGCCCUGGGAAAAUAUCAGAGGUUAAUGUCCCUCACCCAGGAGCUUUGUUUGUAGUGGGGAGGUUUAAAAUAAAAGGUCUCACAGACACAGAGGAGCCUGAUUAAGCUGUACACUGUAUGGCAUGUAUAUUUGGUGAUUACCCAGCAUAUGCUGAAAGCGGCGGCCUGUGAUCUUAUUAGUAACAAUGGACUGUGCAGCACUGAAUGCAUGUACUACCUCGGAAAACGCAGCCCUUCCUAUAGUUCAGUGAUGGCUAAAGUUUGGGGUCAGAGCUGGUGUGGAUUACGAUUCUCAUGAUGCUUGGCCACUCAGCAGGAAUAUACACAACUAACGUGGUACAAAAAGUUAGCACUUUUAGCAUAUAAACAAUGCUCUCUGCAGGGGAGUGCUUUCAUUUUCAAUAUAUGUUUUACACUAUAAUACUAUAAUGUUUGGUAAAAAUGGCACAUCUCAGCGUAAGAAAGAUAGAUUGAGUAUCCAGUGCAAUAUUGUAAUCAAUAUUUGUCCACAUGCUGAAGGUGCCGUACUCCCUCCCAUCUCCUCUGGUUCUGGUGCAGAGAGUACCCCUGGUUUUCGUUCUGGUGGGGUCUGGAGAGAGUACCUCUGGUUUUGGUUCUGGUGCAGAGAGUACCCCUGGUUUUGGUUCUGGUGCAGAGAGCACCCCUGGUUUCCAUUCUGAUGGAGUCAGGAGAGAGUACCUCUGGUUUUGGUUCUGGUGCCCUGGUCCCACUGCCUCUCUGUAGUUUGGCUAAUACCGUCUUUCCCCUAAAAUAAGACUCCCCUGAAAAACUCACUAGGGCUUAUUUUCAGAGGCUGUCUUAUUUCGGGGGGAAAACGGUAGCAAGACCGAAUACAGAUUAGCUUACUCCUUAAUGGAAUCCCACAAAUCUAUGUUCGGGGGGAAAUUCCCAGAACAUAGAUUAGCCGGCCAGCGACUUGGGCUUAUUUUCAGGGUAGGGGUUAUAUUACGAGCAUCCCCCGAAAAUAAGAAACUUAGAAGCUAGGGCUUAUUUUCGUGGAUACCCAGUAGCAGUUACUUGAAAAUCUCUGCAGCUAUAAGGCUGCUCCCAGGACAUGCACUAUCAAAGCAGGAAUUUUAUUUCUUCCAUUGUCAUCCACAAUCCAUUUAAAUUUUGGGUGCAGCAAAAGUGCAUCUUUAGCUCCUUAAGUCAUACAGGGCAGAGGAGGGAUCGGUGGUUUGAGAUGAGCAACUAUGAUGUAGCCACAAUAUGGCUGCUCUCAGCUCAUGCAUUGAUCCCAUUCUUCCUGUAUGGAACUGAGAUCAGGGGCUGAACACCUUAUCCCAUACUAGACAGGGAUUUAUGAGAUAAGAACAGCUCCCUGAUUGCUCUGGGAUUGGUCUAGCAGUGUGUUAUCAGAUGCAGCACAAUUUUUAAAGACACUUUUUUUUUUUUUUUUAAAUGUACGAAGUCUAUGUGACAGAACCAAAAUUCUGCCAGUUGGCAGAGACAUUCACCCUAAUUUCUCUUUUAAGAGCUAUAGUCCUGCUAUCUGGUAUUCCCACUGAUCUUCACCUGACACAACCCACACUCCAAUCCACCCAGUGACUGAGCCUCACAGGGAAAGUCACGAGUCUCCUAGCGAUCACUAUGGCUAAGAAUUUAACCGGGUAGCGAUUCAACACUUUGAGUGCGACAAAGCGCUCUUUUGACCGAAGGUGGCUGAGGGGGGGGGGAGCUAGCUGGGGUUAUUAAGACGUGUGGGGAUUCUUUGUGUCAUUUUUUUGUUUUGGGGUACGUUGUAAUGACGCCCUGCUAUCUGAGAGAUAAUGAACUUGGUGGUCACUGAUCUAGGUAUCUCCCAGACUCACAGGAGCCAAGGUGGGAUGUACAUUGUUCAAGGCAUGGACCCCUUGUUUGGUUUGUGUGUGUUUAAAAGUGUGCCUCGUUCUUAAUCCAUUCUUAUUCACCUUUCACAAAGUCUCGGCUAGUGUUUGCGUGAGACGGCUAUAACUGUUGUAAUCACUUAUGUAUCCAGUGCUGAAAGACCCUUGAUAGACACUCAAGCUGAAUUCUGAGCUCUGUUGCAGUAGAGUGCAAUGAAAUGGGGGUCACUUCAUUCCCCACAGUGUCUCUUUAAUUUCUAUUUGUUUCGCAUGCAGUCUUGGGCUGUAGAAGUUGAUACAGUGUCGCUCCUUUUAGGUGCCUGUUGCCUUGGCAGCCAUAGCUGUGUAUCCCUGCCUAAGGCAACAGUCUAUCACCUCCAUCCGCAGAAUGCAAAAAUGACGUGUUACCAUGGCAACGAUAUUUCAAUAAAUACAUGACCUUUCAAGUGGUAUAUAAAGGUGCAAUAAAGUAGUGAUUAUUUUUAACAAAUUUUUAGAUUCUCUAACGGAGAUUUAAAACCAAUUAUCUCUACCUUUUUAUGACUGCGUUGCCUUAGGGCAUGGAGCAGUACUCUGCAGCCCAGUCCUGACGCUCAAGGUUUGUCAGUACCGCCAUCGUAACGAGUAUUUUCAGAUUGAUUUCUCCAAAGUUUCACUCAAUAGCAACUCAAAGGGUUUAGCAAUGCAUUCAUUGGAACCAUACAUAGCAAAUUAAAUUGCGCCGUAAGUGAAGUUGUUGAAAAUGUGAAAAAUGUUGACUCAAAUCAUUAACUUAAUUUAUUCUUUGUUCGUCAUUUAUUUAUUUACUUGGAUGUUUCACUUCCCUUUAGGUUACAGUUCCAAGGAUGGUCUUCCCGUUUUAAGAUGAGCCGCAUCUGCUUAGUAAAACGUUCAUCUUUGAGUGGAUUGGAUAAAAGAAUAGAGUUCCAGUCUGCAUUUGGCAUAGCCGCUACCUAAUGAUGGAGUGACCGAGCCGUAUGUAUAUAAAAUCUUUUCUUUCAUUCUCCCUCGCUUCUGUUAAAUGCAAAACAUGCCAAACGUGCUAUUUCACUUACUCUGCUAAACUACAACUGAAAAUAUAAUUGAAAGGUUAAUUCCUAUGACUAUCGAAAUCACUAUCUUUUUAUUUAUUAUGUAAAUGUUUGCAUUAUUUGUCAUUUUGUUGGGGUAGACUAACUCAUGAUACCAGAUCACCACUUGUAGGUUUAAUGGAAUACUCGGAGUAACAGAACUCGAAGUUUGGUUUUUGUUUUGUUUGAAACAACCCACUUCGGCUACUUUGGGAAUUGGUCAGGGUAUUGCGAAAUUUCGAUCUAUUUAGUUCCCAUAGUGUUUGUAAUUAUUAGAAUAGAUCUGAGAGAGCUCAAACUACUAGCAACCACUGCAAGUUCUCUCUGACAAGCAGUCACUCAGACUCAGCCUAAGUGCCAUGUCCUGAAAUAAACCUAUUUUUAACACAUUGACCACCACUGUAUUUUACACUGAACAACAAGUGUUUUGCGUUCUUUAUUUUGGUUUCCAUCAUCUGUGUAGGUAACUGUAUCAGCAAUACAGUUAUGUAGGUAGGCAAGUAAUCGUGUUGGUAGUUCUAAUUGUUGUGGUGAGCUUGCAUACUCUGUUGAUGUCUAAUUUAAAAACAAAAACACAUGCUUUUUUGGGGGGUUAAUGCAAACUUCUUGCCUGUUAAACUGCCCUAAAUGAAAAUUGUUUGCGCUACCAUUUGGAAAGUGUAAUGGUUAUGUCAUAACUCCAUAACGUUCCGAACAUGGGAAAAUGCACAUGUGGGUAUUUCCAUACCAUUCAUUUAAAGGGUUACCCUAACGUCCACGAUCAUUUCUGCUCUCAGAAGUGGUUAUGGUGGAAUGAAUCUGUAUGUGCAGUGAUUCUCUUUGAAACACUGGACAUAUAAAUAAUAAACGUUGCACUUUUGUGCUCGGUGCACCACUUUCUUUUUUAAUUAAAUUAUUUUUUAUUCCAUCCCUGGAUCAGAGAGCAUGCACAGCUCUGAGCAGGUAAACAUGGUCCAAUUAAAUUGGAUGAGGCAAGGAAGGCAGUGACGUUAGAUUGGGUGUGUAAACCAGUGACUGUACAUUGCAGGUAAGUAUAUUCUUACUUUUACAGGUUUCUAAUGGGGUUCCUAAUUACUAAUAACUAAUGUUAACUUUGUGCAAAAUAUAUCUGUUGGCAGCGCACUGCCGAGAGACUCUUUCAGCUUCUCCCCUUGCAAGGGGAAGCCUGAUCUCUGCUCACUCUGCACUACCUCCAUUGACAUUAAUUGACAUCAGAUGGGGCAUGGAAACCAGUGCAGGGAACCUCGGCUGGUAAUAGAACUAAGUUUAUUCUUUAUAAUAUGAUCUUAUAAUGGGGAGAACCUAAAUAGCAAUGCCCAAUGAGGCAUUUUUAUAUAUAUAUAUACACACACACACACUUGGAGUAACUCUUUUAAAGCAGUGGCGUACACACAAUCCAUGGGGCCCCGGUGCGAAAACUGAUCCGUGGGCCCCCCCCAGGUGGUUACACAGCGCGGGCUGGGCCGCAACACAUGGCGGCGGGCACCCGGUCACAGGGGUCUGCAGGGCCCCCUGGAGUGACAGUGCUGGUCGCAGCUGCGACCCCUGUAUGUACGCCACUAUACAUACAAACACACACAGACACACAUGUAUACAGACACAUACAUACAUGCACACACAGAGACACAUAUACAAAUAUACACACACAGAAACAUAUAUACAAACACACACACACAUACAAAAUAUUUUAGUCACCCUCCUGUUUCCUACAUUUUAGAUGCAGGGGGUAACUUCCCUGGGGUCCAGUGGUGGCUCAGCCUGAUGGGAGUCAGUUCCCACUCUGACUCCUCGUCUCUUCCUCCCGUGCUGCAGUCACUUCCUCCCAGCGUCUGAUAUCAUCUCAGGGGGCCUGGUUGUGCUGUUAAAGCGCCGCAGUGACUACUGGGCCCCCUGGAAAUUCAUAGCCAUCGGGUGGCCCUAACAGCAUGGGCCACCCGAUGGGCCCCUUCACGUGCGGCUCCGGCAGCUUUACCGCGUGGGCCAGGGCCACAACACAUGGCGACAGGCACCCUGUCGCAGGGGUCCGUGGAGCGGCCGGGCCCCCUGAAGUAACAGGCCGGGGUCGCAGCUGCAACCCCUGUAUGUACGCCACUGCUUUAAAGGAUUGCUAUAACCCUUUGGAAAGGGGGAACUUUUCCAGUGUGAUAUGCCCUAUUGGACACUGUGGAGAAAGUCCCCUCUCAACUCAUAGUAAAACCCAUCAAAAAAGAAAAGGGGUUUACUUACUUGGAAUCCAGCGACUGGCCAAAUCUCCCGGCACUGCUCUUCUUUGCCCCCUCCUGACAUCACUGGGGCUACACGCGGUCACAUCACACCUGUGAUUGCCCAUUUUGCCGGCUCAGAGCGCAUAUGCAUAUAUUUUUAACCACCAAUGUUGCACAGAGGGAGACAGGAGGGAGCACCCACACGUAGGGAGGGUGGAAGAGGUGAGUUAGCUCUUCCUUGCAGACGCUCUGCCUGCAAGGGGAAGAUUUUUGUGUCUGUUGUCAUCGUGCAGUGCGCGCUGACGCCAGACGUAUUUUAUGCACAGAAUUGACAUUCGCAGCCUGAAACAGAGUUCUGGGCCACCAAUGUCACGUGCACCCGGGGUAUAACUAGCCAUUCCCAUUCAGUAAUUUUAUGAAAUCAUCCCCAUUACUUGUGAUAUCUGUGUUUCUCCCUACAAAUGCAGAAAUAUGUUAUGAGUGUCUCACAUAUUACAUCCAAUCACAGUUAGUGGGGAAAACUAUUAACAUAAAAUGUGCAUGCCCCCUUCCCCAAAAUAAAAUCAUAUCACACAUUUCUACAGCUAAAUUAGCAUAACUUGUACAUCACAUGUAUUGUUUUCGGAUUGAUUAUGCACCGUAUCAAUCCAAACUUGUUGAUAACAUUUUGACACUCAAGGUGUCUUUGUUAAGCCACGUGGUCUAUGGAAAUGAUUAGUCGCUUUUUAUAUAACGACAACAUAUUCCGCAGCACUGUACAAAAGAGGAAAUACAGACAGUAAAUGAACACAUAGUGAUACAACAGGAACAGAGGAUUCUACUCCUGAGAGAACCACCAGCAUUUAGCAACACCCAAUAAAAUUGCCUGAUUUUCCCAUUGAGGUUGAAAGUCAAUGUCUCCCUUCAGUGUGUUAAAGUUACAUCUUAUUACACAGGGGUUUAUUUACCAACAUGCUUAUUUAAGGCUACAGUAGCUGAAUUUAAAGUAUAGCCGACUGACCUUAAAAUUGAAAUUCAUUUUAAAUUUACUUUGAAUUCUCAGUGUAGUGAAUAAAGCAGUUAACCGGUCAGAUACCCCACAUAUUAACUAUUUUAUCUUUUGAAAUAGUCUGGUUUUAAAAUUCUGUUAAUUGCUAAAACAACCUUUUAAGAAUCCCAUGUGAUUAUUUUUGUUACUGUAAAGAACUGCUGUAGGCAAAAUCUCUGUUUUUCCAUAUUCUGCGGCAGCAGAGGACAGAACUUGGAGACUGUUGAAUAAACGAGGUCAAUAAGCGUUCCUUUGCUGCACACUUUCACACAAUCAGCAGGGGACAUGUCCAUGGCUUGUCAAUGUGGACAUUUCUAAUGCCUGGGGGGGAGUUGAAGACACACUGAAAUUUGUCACCUGCGGUGAAGGGUUGUGUCCAAAGAUCAGCUAUUGAUCGCCGCCACCUCUUAAAGGGCUGAAUUCCUGAUUACAGUAAACCAUAUUGAAACACUGUAACUAUUUAAUCCUUUAUUUAUAUCUAUUUUGUGUGUUUCUCAUGAUAUAUAUUAUUUAUUAUAUGGUUUAUUUUUUAAUGAUAGGUUUAAGCAAUGCAUGUUAUCAUGUAACAUUUUCUGCAUUGCAUGUCAGUCCCCCAGGGUAAUGGCUUAAAUUAACGUGUCUUUAGUGAUAUGACACAAGUUAACUCCUAACUUCAAAAUAUCAGGAAUUCCACCUGGAGCACAUUCCCUCCUUAACAAGAUCUAGAUCAGACGCGUCAAACUCCUGUCCUCGAGGCCUGCUGGUUAUCAGUAUAACACUUUGCAAACUGGUCAGUGUCCACAGUAUUAAUUACAUGUUAAUUAGAGCAAUCUUAAAGCUCUGUCUGGAACUUUUACUGGGCUUGGGAUGAAAUGCUGGAGCGACUCAUACCUUAGUUCACCCACUGUCUUUAAUAAGGUCAGGAGACGGAUCGGUACCUUUUGAGGUCCCCAUCAUUGCAGAGCCCCCACCACUCAACACUUGGCAACAAGAAUGAAACCUUGUAGGCUGCAAUUCUGCUCACAUCUCACUGAGCAGGUAAAAAGCUGCCUUUAUAGAAAUCUAUGAUGUUACUCUAUAUAUAGUUGCUGGCACAACGCACACAUUGUUUUAUUACAGAAACCCAAUAAUGAUCGAUUUGUUAUUUUCUAUAGUGUCCUAGAUCACCUAUCUCCCAUUCUCUCAGGGGAUACUAGGAGCUAUACAGAGGAUUUCCUUUCUACAAUCAAUUUAUUUUCUGCCAUUUUUCUUCUUCUAUAUUUGUGGGGUUUUUUUUUUUUUUUUAAUUUAGCGACUGGUUGUUUUUUUUUUUUUUUGAAUUGGUCUUUUAAAACGGUAUACGUGCUGAUGUGGGUGUUACCUGAUUUUGAACAGAAAGGAGCAGGGUGAAAGCCGGUGGGUGUUAGUGUGUGUGAGAGAAACUGUGUUGGAUUGUCUGACAGUCUGUGUGAUGCUCACUUCAUUUAAAAAAAAUAUAUAUAAAUAUAUAUAUAUAUAUAUAUAUAUAUACUCUUGCAAUCUUUAUUUAUAAAGGAGACGCUCAAUACAACAAUUUGUUAAUAAUAGAGCAGUGAUCUCCUCCUAUAUAUAGAGAGAGUAAGAUUUAAAAAGCAGGAGUAACAGGGAGUGUCGCCAGAAUGGACAGAGAGAGAGAUCAGGAUACUUAUUCUCAUAACAAGGAUUUUAGAAGGAAAGGACUCGUAGGCUAAUGUGAAGUGUCUGACUUGGCCCAGGCUGGGGAGUCAUGGUGGUAGAGUCUGGGUCAGUCCAGCGAGAGGGAGGUAUUGGACCAGUACUACUGGCAAACGAGAUUAGAGUAAAAAACGGUUACCUGGGGGUCCGUGAGAUGAUCGAAGAUGACGUGAUUUCCCCUCUCUAUCACACAGUGUCAGUAUGUCCCUUAGCAAGAAGGGGACUUCUUAAAAGAAUCCUUAGAUUAGGGAGUUAGGAGUUUAACAAGUAACAUCUCUAAGUGUGAAUUUGGUCCUAGUCUAAGAAGAAUCGAUCUAUUGAUCUAGCACCUUCUACAAAGCCCUGUGUCUGUCUGUCUGUCUGUCAGCCGCAAAUUAUUCCAGAUGUAAAAGCCCUCACAUUUAUAUUGCCAACACUUCUGAUGUCAUAGACUACAAUUCACACGAUCCCCAGACAAAAGUUUUGUGCCUUCGCUUGGCGAGGUGUGUAGUUGCCUAUUGUCUAUUAACAAUACCAGAGUGAAGAGGAAAGAUCUUAUUUCUUUUUAAUGUUAAUAUGUCUGGAUGCUGUGAUAUUGACUUGUAUUUCGGAAUAAGGAUGCAGCACAGACAGAGAGUAGGUGGCUGGAUGUAUCACCCCGUCUCCUGUAUAUCGUGAUGUCUUACUGUGUGAGCCUCAGAACCCUCUGUGAAUAGAUGGACGUUCUUUGACCUAUUGUACAUCCAGGGCUAGUUGUGCAUGGCUUAAACGGUUUUCUUGAUAAAGUGUGUGUGUGUGUGUGUGUGUGUGUGUGUGUGUGUGUGUGUAUAUAUAUAUAUAUAUAUAUAUAUUUAUUUAUUAUUUAACAAAAAUAUCUUUAUUUUUUUAAAAAAAUUUUUUACUUCACUAGCUGACAAAAGCAUUAUGAGAGGUUUUUAAUUUUUUUUUUUUCUUGCUUUGACAAUCUGUGUCUCUGUAUCCCUUCCCCAUCACAUUCUUGUCUACCACACCCCCAUCUUACAUUCCCUCACCCCUUAGUGCCCCUCACUGGCUUCUUGUUUCAGUAUGUCCCAGAAUGUAUAAGGGGGGAAGCAUUCGGUGUUGGGUGAUACCAGGUAUAAACAUGUAAAUGCUAAAUUCCUCUGUGGAACCAUUUUGAUCUGUAGUUUUUUUUUCUUCUUUGUAACCAUAUUUGAGUUGUUUCAGUGCCUUGUGCUAAUGUCCCCAGUUCGCUAAUUACUUGUCUGUGUUCUGGGCUAUAUUUAAAAUAACAGUAAAGUGAAAAUGGGCUUAUUAUAUAUUGAUUUAGAGCAAAGUGUUAUGUCAUCCCUGACUUUGUACCAUUUUGUACUCGAAUCUGUCUGGUGUCUGAGAAUCUGGGAGAGUCGGCUCAGAAUUGUAGGAGCAAUGCUUUGAUUCUGGGUGCACUCUGCUAAUUGGCCGGUGUACGUACUCUGAGCCAGCGACACCCAUAAUUCUUCUUUCGCUGGCCCACGUCACAUGCAGUAGCUGCACAAACACUCAGUUACAUUAUCCACGUCACUCCAUGUCCUGUACAGAACCCAGAAGACUCUCCAGUGACCAACUCCGGGUGGUAGAUCCACCAUUUUUUCAUAGAUCUAUGUUAAAGCUUCAUAUCUGCAGUUUGUAGAUUUCAUAUGCUGCAGGAUUCCACGAUCGCAACUUUAUUCCCCUACUGCAGGAGUAGAAGACUGCAUGUUAUAGGGUGAUAUAAUAUAGGGCGACAGCACUUUUCAUUUACUACUCGACCGCAAUCACAUAUUUGGGUUUAUGUUGUGUGAAGUGGUUGGCUAGGGGAUUCGAAAUUCCAGGUUAUUUUUAGAUGUAGCCUGAUAUCGCGCUUAAUGGGAACAACCGUCUGAUUGAUUGAAGCAUUUGAUUUUUCACAAAUUACUCUACAGAAACAUCCAGUGCAGUUUUUACUGAAAUGAAUGUGGUGGGUUUCACAGAUCAGUGUGGUAGCAGCUUAUGUUAAUAAUAUUGUUUACAAAUUGGUUUAAUUUAUUUAUUAUAGGUUUCAUUAGCGCUUUACACAACUUGAGUUUUUGAAAUUAUUGUGCGUUUUAUUUUUACAGAACACAUCCAUUGUUCACUCAGAAUGUCCUUUGUCCAAAAUGUCAAGGAUAUCCUGCUUUUUACCCAAAUUUUACAAUUCUCUGUUUAUUGAAUAUACCCCUAUACUCCAAAAUGGGAGGUGUGUUCACCCCAAAUUAUACCCAGCAAGGGACACUGUAAGCACCAUAACCACUAAUGCUUAUUGAAGUGGUUGUGGUGUUGAGAUUGUACGAUAACAGGAGAGUGCAAUCCCUGCUGUCUUAGUUAAAUCAUUUUUGAGCAAUGGGGCUCUUUCAGCGCCCAAAGCACAACUUCUCUGCUUCCUCAUUAUCUGUACAAACCCAUUCAUAUUUAAACAAAACAAUAGGAUGGAAUCACCGCACUAAGCCACACUAACAACUCUCAGCCAAUUAUCAACAUCCAAAUCAGGAGCCGUGAGGGUGAGUUUGAUUGUUCAAAGUGACCGUUUAUCAGCGCAGUAUUCCCCAUAUAUAAUGCAAAACAAAUCAAAAUCUUCAUUUUAGUUUGUUUAUAUCCUAAACAUGAAAAAGGGGUUUGUUUUCCUCUUGGCAUUUAAAACAUAUGAUCGCAAUCCUACUCAGUGUGUAAAAACAUUUUAAAAGUUUUUUUUUUUGUUUUUUUUCUCAAGUGUGUCCUAAAUCCUGAUUGCACUAAAAUGUUCCACUAUUUCCAUAAUUAAUGGGUGAGUUGAACAUUCCACUUUAAUGACAUUGUUGUUUCAGCAUUCUAUUCCAGGCAGCGUGUGUCCUGAUUCAAUCACAGCUUAUAAUGACGUUCAAUGCAGUGGCUGAUCACUGACUUUACCAUGUCGGUGUUAGUGAAGGGCCCAGUUAGGGUCUGUUUAUCUCUGAGUCUCAGUAAGCUGUCAUUGUUAACACACAUUUAGCAAGUCAAUAGAAGCAUGAAACGAUAUAGGUUUACACAUGCAAUGGCUAGCACUGUGCUGCCCUAUUGUUGCUAUUGAAUAGCACACUUCCAAUCAUGCUUAUCCAGAGAUGGACUCUGUGCAUGUUUGGGUCAGUGUUUGACUUCCUCGUUUUACCAUUUAUCUGUGAUCCUGUCCAGUUUGGGAUUAUUGCUAGAAACCCAUGAUGUGUUGCUGCAGUCCCAGCUCUGUGCCUGGUGAUUGGGGGAGGAGAUGACAAAUUGACAAUGAGCAGGGGGGGAGUGUGCUUUCUGCAGGUGUGGGAGGGAAUUCUAUGUCCUGCCUUACUCUUUCUGUUUCCCUGUAAUUUAGGAAAGUGCUUGGAAGCAAAGGCUGGACUUUGAAGCCCUACGUCUCCCCCGCCUGGACCUCCUCCUCCUCCUGUCCUCUCCUUCAGUCAGGAGACAUCCUAUAGACUGAGCCUGACAUUACCUGGAACUAGUGGCCGGGAUACACUCUCUCAGUUCUGCCUUACACGGUGACACUCGGAGUGCUCUAACUUGGUUUAGAAGCCCUUGGACAGGUGAGUACUCUAUUGGUUCGGGGAGGGUGGGAGGGAGGGGGCUUUUCUAUGUACUGUAGGCUUUGACCAAAAACUUGAAGAUGAUUUACAAAAACAAAACAAAAAACCAUUUCUGAAUCUUCAAAUGAAACUCUGCACGAUCACUGAUAAUCCACCAUAUGUAGGAUAAUGUUUAACAUGCAAUGCUCUCCAGUAAGAUUGUGCAGUUUUGGGCCAUCUUAUGGGGUUCACUUAGUAUAUAAGAGGAAGGCAAACACAGUGCCCAUCAUACCUUUGUUUGGGCAGCCAUCCCUUAGACCAGGCAUAGGCAACAUGCGGCACUCCAGAUGUUUUGGACUACACCUCCCAUGAUGCUUUGCCAGCAUUAAGGUUGUAAGAGCACUGUGGGGGAUGUAGUCCACAACAUCUGGAGUGCCGAAGGUUGCCUACCCCUGCAUUAGACCAAGAUAAAUAUAACCUUCUACUUCUAACUGUAUAAAGAACACCUAUCCCUCCCUAAACCGGAUAAGAAUACACUUUACAGACGCCAACUUAUUCUAAAAGCGCAGUUACUAAAAUAAAAUAAAAGGCCAUCUUUAGAGUAAACACUUCUCCGCUGAAUCAAACUGUAAGCCAUAACUGUGCAAUGAGUUAAAUGGGCGUUCUGCCAUUGCAGAGGUAAAACUACAAUGAAAAAUCCGGUUUAUAUAAAGUAGGUGGUGUUAUGUAUCCUGUCAUACGAACCAGCCUGUGAUUUCCUAUUCACAGUUUUUAUGCAUCUUGUGCCAAAAAUACUGAACAAAGAACAAUUGUGAAACUCUUAAUACCCCAAACAUCUGCUGUGUGUAUUUAAAAUGUCUGUAGGUAAUAUUUAAUAUGUAAUCCUGGAGGGUGGAGGGGGUUCACGGUAUGACGUUUUCUCUGACCUUGAGUCCUGUCGCUGUUUAAAUUUAAGGCGUUUAAUUUCCUUUUUGUGCUACUUCUAAACGUAAAAAAUUGGAUUUAUUCACUAAACAGUGUAUUGAGGCGAAUGAAGCUCGGAACAGCAGAUUGCAAGCCAAAAUAGAGCUGGGGAAAGGUGGCGGUGGAAAGAUUUCCUAAAUCCUUUCUUAUGGCUACAAAUAUGCAACACCCUCGUCAAUAGCCUCCUACCCCCACCUUAGAGAUUAAUAUUAUUUGCAGAAUAAGUAGCAAGAUUUUGUGCUCUCUUUUUGCACGAAUGAUCCCCAAACGCGAUCGCUUCAUUCUGAUGCUGUAUUCAGGUGUGCCGGGGGGACGGUAGCCAAACCUCCAUAUUCCAGUGAUUCCGUUUUCUUAAAUAAAUCUUGUUUGUUACUAGGUUUUCCUUAUUCUGUUCAAUAUUUUUGCUGGAUGGUUUUAAAUCCCAUGUAAAUCCAUUUUGUUUUACUCAUUUACUGGGAAUUGGGAAUUUUAAUGAAUUGACCAGACAAUUCUUGAUUUUAGACCGGAUAUAUAGCAUACAUUUUUUCCCCCCUCAUGUUGUAUGUUUUGUUCUUAAAUUUGCAAUUCCCUUGUAAAUUGCUCAUUGUUUCCAGUUUAUUGAAUGAACGAUCUUUGUUUCAAGGGAGUUUAUUAAUAAACAACAAAUCAAAGUGAAUUGAAAACCAAAUUGCAAAAGUUGGGCAAAGUUCGACUAACUGAUUAAUCCCUCGAUUAAUCAGUUAGUCGAAAAUCCGUUGGUCCCACCACAGUUGUGAAUUCCCUGCUGACUACAAGUCCCAUGAUGCACAUCAUUAAUGCUAGAACAAAUUGUGUGCACCUGUGAGAAGCUGGAUAUUCUUGGGCUUGUAGUUACUCAAUAACUGGAUCUAUAAGAUUAGUCCGUUUUUAAUUGAUCAAUCUAAACUUGCAGCCAGUGGAGAUAAAUUUGGCAGUGCCAGAGGCGACAUUUUUACAGUUUUGUUUAGAUUCUUUGCUAGGGAGGUUCUGACCUUGAACACAGCUUUUUGUUUUGUCUUUCAUACCCCUCCCACUCCCGGCUCACUUUACAUACCUCUCUCUACCUCUUUAAACACUCUGUUUGAAGAGAAAUAUGCAAUCAUCGAAAUUAGUCAAGCCCAGGUACUUUGUAACUCUAUAUCUCCUGUCGGAACUUUAAUUAAAGCUCUAUUAAUAUACGUAUCAGUCUAUAAUGCGUGUUCAUGCUCUCUUGCACAUGUAGCUUUUACAACUUCUGUAUUCUAGACGGCUUCUCGAAUGUUUUGUUUCUGAUUUACAAUAGCCGUUGUAGUGGGUCUGACAAACUUAAAGGGGGAACUUCCUCUUCUCUGGAAAGUACACCACGGAACAAAGCAUGGAAAAUCGCCUAGAACUUUUUACUUGUAUAUUAAAGAAACACUUCAUGCACCAUGACCGCUGUAUCAUGCUGCAGUGGUUAUGGUGCUAGGAGUGCCCUGGCACCCUCUCUUAUGUAAGUAUUAAAAUUGUUUGGCAACUUGCCUGGGACCACAUGGUAAGUUGUCAAAUCUAUAUCAAAUAGUUUGUGACGCCAGUCCCUCGUGGCACCAUAACCACUACAGGAAGCUGUAGUGGUUAUUGUGCUUGGAACGUUAAUUUCAAAGAUUGAAUCAUUUAAAGGGGCACUCUGAUCUCCCAAACAACUUGUGCUCUUUUUAAAGUCCAUAUGCUGAAAUACCUGGGGUUUUUUUUUUUUUUACUUAAUUUUGUCUCGUUUACAAGUUCUGCUGCAACAUGUUUUGCAGUUUUUAGCCUUGUAACCCGGCCUCUUUAGCAACAACCUAUGUCCAGUUUCAGUAUCUUCCUCAUUGGCAGCCAAUGAAACCUGUCGCACGUGUGCACUGCUCUGAGCUUACAGACUGCUCGGAGGAGAACUGCUCAGAGACAUUCCAUGAACCCAGUGUUCCUUACUAAUGCUGCCGGAAUCGGGUAAGUUUCACAAAUUGGUUCUAUCAUGGCCAGCAUUAGUUUCCUCCAUUCUACUAUUACUACGAUUUAUAUGCUCAUAUGCCCAAUUCUGCCCAUUCUUUCCUAUCUUACCCCCAUUCCACAGCCUUGUCAGCAAGUUACUCCUUUGUAUUUCAAAAUGCCCACCUCUGCCAUCCCUUCACCUCACCAAACCCCUUUGCUGCCAUUGCCAUCCUUCCACCCAUGUCUCCCAUCACUGUCCACCAAGACCCCACCGUCUGAUAAGUCUCCAGUGUUACCACCCAGCCAGUGUCCCCACUCCUUAGCCCACAGCCAGGACACUGUUCACUAGAGAAAUACACAUUGUUUCUGUUUAUUCUACUCUCUCUCUCUCGCUCUCGCUCUCUGCUGAUUGACAGGUGCAAAGGGCAGGGCUUAUAACCGUGAUUGUCAUGGAGCUAAUAUGGAUGAACUCCAUUCCUUGAGAGAGGUAAACACACCAGUCCGGAUUUCCACAUUUAAUUUUAUUCCUCAGAUCUCACACCUGUAUAUCGUUCAGGAAUAAGUAAACAUAUGGGGUUAUUUAAUAAAGUUAGAAUCUAAAGUGAAUUCUAGGAGAAUUUAAAAUUUAAGGCCCAAAAAUUGGGGAAAAAGUCAGCUAUGUUUCAGGCUCAAUUACUGUGGCUUAAAAUGGGACAUUCACUUUAAAUUCUCACUUUAGUAAAUAACCUACUGUUUAUCCUGGGAGGGGAUGGUUCCCCUUUAAGACAUAUAACAACUGUUGCAAGUUUCGAAGCAUCAUGAGAGUCUUGUAGGUAGGUAUAUCGGAUACAAAAUGAGGUAUUCCUCAAGUAGGGCAAGUUGAAGUGAAAUUGAUCCAGUUUCUGUGCGGUUUUUGACUUGAUACAAGAUAAAUAACUUUUAACCCAUAUAUUUGCUAGCAGUUUCGAUUGCACUGUGUGUAGAUGAACUUUUAUCUAAAAGGCUCCCAUUCCACUUUAGCAAUAUCCAUUCAGUCCUUGUUUGAACAUCAUUCAUUUGCCAAACGUGUUCAAAUAAUAUCCAUUCAGUCCUUAUUUAAACAUCAUUCAUUUGCCUACACUCUCAGCCAUUGAAUUAUGUGCAAAUAGGGACUUUUAGUGACUUUGAGAACACCACAGUACUGCAGGCACCCAGAGUACCCAAGUAAGUAACAAAUGUUUCAAACUGUGUCUAAGCAUGGGCCCCCAGCCUGCUUUGACUCCCACCAAUAUGCAAUUCUUCUCUAAGGAACAUGCUGAAGUUGAGAUGAAUGCAGUAAGUAUAGAUGUGCUGCAUAGUACAGUGAUACAGUGUAUGCAUUAAUACUGAGAAUGGCAUUGUUUAGAAUUGGAAGAAUGCACGUUUGUCUGAACCAUAUGGAAAUGCACCAAUUUCUGGUUUCACAGAGCCUUCCAGUAAUCUUAGUGUGGCCCAAUGUGAUCAUUUCCCUCCCCCAGGGCAGCUACUGCACUAAUCGGAUUAAUCCGUUUCUGUGACCUUUCUAUGAAAAUGUUAAUUCUGGGGAAUAUUCUGCUUUGAAUUAUGUGCACUUUCCAGGCCAGACUAUAGCUAAACAGUGAAACCUCUGCUCAGCCACUUUAAAACGUGUUGAUCUGCAUGGAGCAAGGUGUUAUAGGUACAACGCCAUGGGCAGAGAGGAGGCACAUGUUACCUCUCUGAUAAUAUCUGUAAGGUUGACUAAAAGAAGGAGUGGGGGUGUUACAUUUGCAAGUCGGGAGGUAGCACUGGAAGCUGGGUGAAGCGUUUCAGGAAUUUGUAGAGUUCACAGAUUUUUUUUUAAUUUAAUGUAAUUGAACGGGGGUUGGGAAGAGAAAGAACAUAAUCUUUAAAGACUCCCUUACCCUCCUCUGGAUCCCAAUAAAGGAGGUGGGGAUUAUUAAUGUCCUACUUGUAUUGAAUUGAAAAAUGUUAAUUUAGCCUAAAAUAGCCCAGCUGUUAAUCAGCACUUUUUCCCUAAAUUUCUGAAUUCUCAUUUUGUAUUUUAAUACAAUUCAAAGUUUAGUGAAUAACCCACUUCUGAGGUUUUAAAAACUAGACCUACGUGAAACUGAUUAGAAUUGUGUUCCAGGUCUAUAUCCUUCUUUCGCUUAAACAAUAUAAUGGAUCACCUUGUCUAGGCCCCACGUUUGGCAGGACAGAGUUCAUGACCGCCUUAAAGUAUUGAGUAAAACAUGGAAGCUCGAUUUUCAAAGAGGAGACUUUGUAGAACAAGUGGAAGUGAUCUGAUUUAGAGGGAGGCAAAUUCAAGUGUUAGGUGAAGGUGUAUACCUUGAAUAACCUUCUGGUGGGAAUGUAAAGGCCAAUGAGUUCACAAAUGCCUGGGACUUGUGUAAAACAAGGUUUAACAAGAAAUAAGUCAAACCACUCUGAGAUUUUAUGAGAGAGAGAGAGUAAAUGGGUCUAUUAGGUUUGUUUGUUUGUUUAUUUAUUUUUUUGUUUAUUUUUUAUCAGAAUGCACAAUCUAUUUUGCGAUGAUAUCUGUAAAUACAAAUUCCUGCAAUCAUCACUGAGCUUGUUGCAACCUACUGACAUGACGACAGGACCCACGUUUGUCAUGUUCACUUACCUGCAAAACGAUUUACUCCUUAAAUAAAUAGACCUCCUAUAUAUCCUUUGAGUGCUACAUGGGUGUGAAGGAAAUUGACGUAUUCUUAGAAUUCUGUGAUUAUUCUUUUAUUGUCCAACAUCUCUCUACUUAUGAUUUAAAUCCCCACACUAUGUGUCUCUUUGACCCAAAUACUUCGUAACAAUAUCAAGGUACGAUAGAAUGCAGGAUGGCUACGAGGUGAAUAAAUAUACUUGAUCUAGCGGUAUACAAUGUACAUUUAUUUCACCGUUUCUGUCCUCUUAAUGUGAUGUAAUGAAAAGCCCACCAGUAUGUAUUCACCCUUGAUUCAAAUUCUUCAGUUCUUUUCAUAGGCUUGAAAAAAGGAGAUAACAUUUCCAUAGUGUAAAAUGUAACUAGCACAGAUCAGGGCACAUAAAAUCAUACACUUACAAAGACAUUAUUGCACCUUCCACGGCCACCCACACUGGGUUGGAUCCGAUAGCAGCCAAACACUCUGAUCGGGACUUCUGCGUGGUAUGCGGCAUAACAUAGCCCUCCGUUCUCUGCCUUUAUAUAGCCCCCAAAUUGCCCUCCACAUGACAAAAUCGAAUGAGCUGUGCACCCCAGCAAAACAUGGCCAAAUUCAAAAUGAACAAGUAAUUUUAAAGCACGAUUUAUUAAACGCUCAUAGCAGAGAUGUCAAUAUCGUCUCCAUUGAACUGAAUAUUUUACUUUUAUAAUUAUGCUGACCAUUGAGAAGCCCAGAAUUGCUCUGGUACCCUUGGUGCCAUUGUACUUUAUUACUCAUCAAAAAGGACCGAACAAACAUCAUUGCUGAGCUUUUUUCUUAACAAAACUUUUUGUCUUUUGAAAGUCUGAGUGCAAAAGCCGCAGUUUGGGAGUGAGUUUCUGCUAAUCUCCUGUUUUUGCAGAUCAUGUUUGUCAGACAUGCAGACAAUGACUUUUUAUGUAUGGAGUCUUCCAAGGGACCUCCUCUAUAGCCAUUGUUGGAAUGACCUGUAUUACUUUUGUCCCCGUUAUGUGUUCUGGUGCUGAGAGUCAUGAUGAGUCAUGUGUAGCUUUAAUGUCCUAAAAGCUUUAGGCUUGAAAUGACAUGUUAGGUUUUCCUAAAUCGGGUAUUUGUAGACAUUAGCUGGGACUAGAAUCAGGGAAGUGACAUUGUACUCACCCAGUGGGGAGGCUCAAGGAAUUCAUUCUAGUAAAUCCCAGAGCUGAUAUGUCAUAAAAUUUUAAUAUCUUGGGUCUGCUCCGCACAAUGUGGAUUUUAUUGAAUAAACCGCACAGUUAUAGGAUUCCCUAGGCGUAUGAAGAGCUCUGAACAAAAUAACCGAAAUGCAAAAAAAUUGCAUAGCCUUAUAUGGUACAAAAAAAAAAAAGACUGAAUGGGGAAACUUUACAGGUUUUUUUUUUUUUUUUUUAAUCCGUUACAAACCUUAAUAAAUCCACUCUGUAUUGGUACACCCACAGGGUUGGGUGGCUGAGACAGCUGUAUAGGUGACUCUUGUUAAAUAUUAAACAUGUAUAUAGCUGCAAAACAUGCCUGAAAUUGUCCUACUGCAUGGAAAUAUUCAGAUAUUUCUACCUGUAACGCACCCCAGGAUAUAGUAUGACAGCCAGCGAUCUAUAAAUCUCUCUGUUUAAACAUUCCAGGGAUGGAGUCUGUGCAAGAUCAUCAAACUUCUCUUUAGGAUAUAUAUAUAUUUAUUUCACUUAAAUGUAAUUGUAAGUUUGUUUAAAUACUUCCUUUCCCCAGUCUAAUCUGUGCUUAUAAUUACCGCUACACCCCUGCUUGUGUGUAAUGUAUAAUCAAACCAGAAGCUAUUUAAGGAUACCUGGGUCUGUUAACUCCUUAAGGACCAGUAACAUCCAGAAUAUGGACAAAAGUGUUUGAACACCUGACCAUUACACAAACAGGGACUUUUAUGACAUCGCAUUCUAAAUACAAAGACCUUAACACAGGGCUUGGCAAAUGCCAGCUCGCCAUGGUCACUAGAAAUGUCAUCCUGGUUCCUGUCGACCCUUCAAUGGAGGUGGCCGCCCGGGGUAGCAUUUGUUGUGGCUGGCUGAGACAGCAAGAAGGUGGCGAGGGAGCAGUAAUCUUCAUGCAGUUCUUGUUUUGCUCCCUUGUGUGCCGUUUAGUGAUGCCGGUAGCCAGAACAAGACGUUACUAUGGCCCAAGCACCACUAAACUGUGCGAGGGAGCAGGGCUAUUAGAGCAGUUAAAUUAGAGAGCAGUCACACUAGAAAGCUCUCCCAAAGGUAGAGAGGCUGAGUGGCUGCAACUAGAGGUUUUACUGAGCAGUAAUGUGAAUACUGCCUUUUCCCUGAAGAUACCGGAACCCUGCAUUAAACCACAGUGGUUCUGGGGACAAUAGUGCCCAUUUAAGACUUGUAUUUUUGUCAUUUAAAAUUAAACUUUGUAAGUUUAAAAAACAAACAAAAAAAACUGUCUCCCAGCUUUUUUAGCUGACUCCUAGAUUCCAAACAGAUUUGUCAGGCCCCGCAUUAUUAUGUAGUUGUCCCCCCUCCACCCUUGUAGCUGUAACUGCUUUCACUAUAUUGAGAGGGCUUUCAAAAAGAGUUUGGGGUGUUUCUGUGGACAUAUUUACUCAUUCUUUCAGUAGAGCAUUUGUGAGGUGAGGCACUGAUGUUUGACACAAAAGCCUGGUUUACAAUCUCCAUUCCUGUUCAUCCCAAAUUUGUUUGAUGAGGACUAUGUGCCCUGAGAUUGUACACCAAAGUCAUCCAACCAUGUCUUUAUGGACCUUGCUUUGUGCACUGGGGCACAGUCAUGCCGGAAUAGAAAAAGGACUCCUCAAAACUGUUCCAACAAAUUUGGAAGCAUAGCAAAAUGUCUUGGUAUGCUGAAGAUUUAAGAUUUCUCUUCACUGGAAGAGGCCUAGCCCAACCUCCCAAAAAUAUCACCACACCAUUAUCCCUCCUCCACCAAACUUUACAGCUGGCACAACGCAGUCAGGCAGGUAACGUUCUCCUGGCAUGACUUAUUGCUAUUAUAAUACCAUGCUUAAAUUCAGGCUUGGACUGAAGAAAUAUUAGGCCUGGGCAUUUUGAAUCAAAGCAACUAAUAUGGGGUCAGGGGACAGAGGGGGGGUGUUAUGUCAUCACCAUUGACUAGCAUAGGUGAUGUAGGGGCUGUAGAGCAUGUGUAUUUAGCGAAUGUAGUGUCUGUGUUUGCGUACAAGAGAUGUACUGUGUGCACAGGGGGUCCAGAUUAUGUUUGUCAGGCGUGUGUUUAAGGGAUAUCCCUAAAAUGUAGUAUGUUGUUUUUUUGUUUUGUUUUUUUUCUUUCUGGCAUGCAGUGCGUGUGACUGGAAUGCAGUGUCUAUAAGGGGGUAGUGUGUGUGAGAGGUGCAAUAUGUAUGGCUGUGUGUAUGAGCACUAUUGGGGGUGUGGGGCAGAUGGGAGUAAGUAGCUGCAAGUUAGAGCUCCUAGGUCAUGCCCUCUCCUCUCCAUGGAUUUACUGUCUGUGGGCUGGUGAGGGAUAUCUUUGAUCUCCCCACCGGCCCUCAUGGCACACAGCAGGGCCGGUGCUUGGAUAAUGACGGCUCUGCAUGGGUUAGCAGGUGAGAUCCUCUGAUAUUCCCAUGGCCAUCUCGUCACACUGUGCAUUUCUCCGGUUUGCCCAAUGGCCAAUGCUGGCCUGCCUGAGAUCACUGAACUCUUCCGAACGACCCAUAUUUUCACAAAUGUUGGUAAAUGCAGACUGCAUGGCUAAGAGGUGCUUGAUUUUAUACACCUGUGGCAAUGGGUCUGCUUGAAACGCCUGAAUUAAAUAAUUAAGCGUUGGGUCCCAAUAUUUUGUCUAUUUAUAUAGUGUGUGUGUGUCUCACGCAGGGGUAUUGUGCUCAUUUACUGCCAUGAGAUAUCUUGAGCUUAGCUUUUUCCUGUUUUUGUGUUUUGUUCCUGAUUUGUAUUGUUGGAAAAAUACGGCCAUCACUUUCUGGUCCUUAAAGACCUCUAUAGUUCUGUAAAUUCGUAUUUAUAAGGCAUUAACAGUUCUAUACAGUCAUUGGGCAAGUGAGACAUUCCAUUUAGGAACAGGAUUCUUAACUGCCGCCUUGUUAUGGCCGCAUAUACCAUGCUCCAAGCACCAUAACUACAUAAUCCAAAUCCAAUGUCCCUCUAUUUUAUGAGCUCUGUAUUGUUGGUGUGUCUGAGUGUAUAACGGAGCUCCACAGCAAUAAUACUCCCAGUAAUGUGUCUGGGUGUAUAACAUAGCUCCACAGCAAUAAUACUCCCAGUAAUGUGUCUGAGUGUAUAACAUAGCUCCACAGCAAUAAUACUCCCAGUAAUGUGUCUGAGUGUAUAACAUAGCUCCACAGCAAUAAUACUCCCAGUAAUGUGUCUGAGUGUAUAACAUAGCUCCACAGCAAUAAUACUCCCAGUAAUGUGUAUGAGUGUAUAACAGAGCUCCACAGCAAUAAUACUCCCAGUAAUGUGUCUUAGUGUAUAACAGAGCUCCACAGCAAUAAUACUCCCAGUAAUGUGUCUGAGUGUAUAACAGAGCUCCACAGCAAUAAUACUCCCAGUAAUGUGUCUGAGUGUAUAACAGAGCUCCAGAGCAAUAAUACUCCCAGUAAUGUGUCUGUGUGUAUAACAGAGCUCCACAGCAAUAAUACUCCCAGUAAUGUGUCUUAAAACUACAAUAAAUUAGUUUAGAAAUCAGUCUGUGUAAGAUACAUUGUUCUUCUAAAUUCAAUUUAAGUUGUAUAAAUUAUAAGUAAGUCACCUCAAAUAUCUCAAAACAACCCUGUGACUGACCACACCCCUACUCACACCUGUAAUAUUAAAGGGCCUUCUUUGUCCAUUUGAACUGUUGGGAGAUAUGAUAUGAUAGUGUUAUGAUAUGAUAUGAUAUGAUAUGAUCUAGCAUGGGAUGUGGUACAAGGUACAUCCUGUACAUCUCUCUAUUCAGUCUGUUCCUUAUCUACACAUAUGUACAAACACAGGGUGCGCAGAAGCUGGCAUACAGGUCCCAACUAGCUUAAUCUCUCCCAUCGCUGUCUGUAAGCAAAUCGUCUGUGAGGAUGCGAAUAUCUGAACUUAUGGUAAAACAUGAAUGAACUCAUUCAAUAAGUUUAAUAAGUAGCUGGCCUGCUGUAGCUUCUAUGACAGAAUCUUAACAUAACAGAAUACAUACGUUAUUCACAGAACUCCUACUGAGAACAAAAGGGAUGGCUGAGACAUUUUACAGAAAUGAAUUAACAGAUCACACAAUCUGAUCUAUGACGUACAUAUUGGUAUAAAUUUUAACUUUCAAUUUCACCACCCUACCAACAACGGACGGCUGUUAUUGCCUGGCUUUUUUCUUUCUCCCCCUCUGCGUUGUAUAUUACAGUAAACACAACAUGCCCUCCGAGUGUGAGGUGUGCAGGCUUGGUGGGUUAUCCUUAACAUAUGCGCUGGUUCCGUAACAGUCUGCAGUGCUAUCUCAAAUUCACUGGUUGACAGGCAACUGUAAACAAAGUAGCAAGUACCUUGCAAAUAACCAAUAUAGCAUGCUUUUUAUUUUAUUUUAAUCUGUUGUAUUACAAAAUUAUAUUAAUGUAAAAGAAUAAAUGUUUCAGGGCCGUUGUGCUUUUUCAAAAUGGAGUAUACUGCGUAAUCUCUAAAAACCCCCGGUUUCCUUAAAUAUUGCAUUUCUGUAAAUUAGGCACCUUCAUUUUUAAAGGCAUUAAAAAAUAACAGGCUCUGCUAACAUUAAACCUUUAGGCUUGUAGCAUUAUUUAAAGUCAUGCCAACCAAUAAUUCCCUGUUAUGGUAGAGUCUACAGAUUAAGAAUUCUCAUUUGUUCCCUUAUGCUAUCUAACGUCUAAUAGAAAAGCAACAUGGCUGUUCCCAUAAGCCUGAUUCUUCUGAAGAUCUGUUAUCAAGGCGAUUGCCCAGAGAUCACAUUUUUAAAGCCUUUUUUUUUUUUUUUUAAAGUCAAUGCCAUGACUCCUUUAUAUGAAACUGUUGACACUGUUUGAAAUACGCAUGGGCGAUACAUGUUGGGGUACAAUUAGGGAUAAUAUGCGAUUGUUGCAUCCCAAGAUUAACUUUCCAGUGAAGUGUGUGGAUAUAUAAUCACCAGGGGCAGUUAACUUGCUAUUGGUAGCUUGCAAAAGCGAUAACAUCAGAAUGUGAUUAGCUAGGAUUGGAGUCUUCCCUUUAAUUCUAGACAGUGAUGUUAUUAUCUGCUAUAAUUCUAGAUCUUCCAAUUACUGACUUUAAUCUGCUUAUCACUCAUAAUCUUACUCAAGGUCCAGAAUUCAAAUGGUCUGCCAUGACUAUCUUGUCUGUCAUUUUACCAGCCCAAUUAUAGUCAGCUUAUUGGACUUUUAAAAUGUUAUCUUUGUUUGUGGAGGGUGAAGGUUGACUGGGUCCAUUUUGUUUAAAUUAAAGUGCUUUCACAUUGAGAUGUCGUCCGUUGCCGGCAGGCCAAGUCUCAGAAGUCCUAAUGUUAAAAGGAGAGGUAAGUGAUCUUGGCUGCCUUUCCAUUCAGAUAUAUUGCUCAGAUCUUGAGAACUGUGGACUAGAAAACCCACAAUAUAAUUUAAAUUCUUUUUUUUUUAAAUUUUUUAAUUUUUUUAUUUUUGCAGUGCAUAGGAACAUAACAAUAAGCGUGAGGUACCCCAACGGCAGCCCUUACACUGCGUUUCAACGGCUGUAACAGCGGUAUAUACAAGAUUACUUGCACAGUUUUUAAGAGGUAGGAUAGCAGUGCGUUCAGUUACGUAUAUGGUGAAUAUUAAAGUACCAGCUACGUCUCGAGAAAAAGCAUUAAGUCGCUUAGCGGGAACAUAUAUGAAACAGUGCUCUAAAUUACAUAUACGGUGAACAAUGAGAUAUUAGCUAUGUCUAGAGAUACAUCAGGUUCGCUUAUAGUAGACAAACAUUAAACAUGCUUAAGUGUACAUUUGUUAACUGUUUUGGGAAUACUUAUAUAUAGUGCGCUGGCUAUGGGCUGCUCAAGGUGGGUGAGUGAAAGUGAGCAUAUACUGUUAGAUAUAGUACUAGCUGAUGUAGCAUGUCGAAAGCGGUAAGUCGCAUUUGCAUACAAGCAUUGGGUAAGCAUUGCGUAGCAAAAGACAUAUAGAGAGUUCCAACUUUGUGUGUCUAGGCACUGACCAUGAGCGGCAUAACGGGUCAGUCUCUGGAGGGUCAGCCGACACCUAGUCUGGGAGUAGCGGGUACAUGCCUGUGGGUUCCGUUGGCGAGUCUCCCCAGCUGUUCCUAAUUGUCCUGCGCGUUUGUAUGCCUCCCAGUGCAGUCCAGAUGAGGUACUCCCCUUGCCCUGGGACCUUGUUGGAGCCAUGUCCACUUUCUCACUGACUCGCCACCAUCUUGGGGCCGGGUCCUUCCCCUGUGCGGGGCUGCGUAAGGCUGUGUUUAGUCGCUUGUGUAAUCGUCUUAUUCUUCGCAGGUGUGAGUGAUGUUUAGGGCUGCACCCCUUGUAGCUCGCUUCCCAGGUGGGCUAGCAGAGUUGUCGGAGGCAGGUACCAUGGUAGCUAUGCCCGGUUGUGGCCUCUUUGGCUGUAUCGCAGUGUUUCUCCAUUUUGGGACUGGAGCUUUAGCUGGUUGUCUGGCUGUUAGUGGUUUGACCCGGGAGUUAACCAGUGACCGUGCCGAUGGCUGCCGCCUGUUCUCCAGACGUUCCCAGAAUUGCUGGCAGAGGUCGUCGAAUUUCCUCUGGAAGGCUUCCGCCCAGGCUCUGGAGGAUAGUCGCUCAUCACGUUUCGUGAGGCUGUCGGCCAUCUUGGGCGGGCCUCGUGUCUCCCAGCUUUCGGGUACAUGCUCUGUGUUCCGUCGAUGGUGAGUGCUCUCCCCAGUGUGAUAGACCGGGAUGACCCCCACCAGUCCAUGGGGGUGGGGGGAACGAGGGCCCUGGCGCAGGCGCUCGGGUUGUCGCAGCAGCGGGAUCGGGAGAGCGGCCGUCUCUCCCGUGUAUGCCAGGCUUGUAGGCCCCAUAUGUUCGUCGGGUGAGCAUCGCUUGGAUUGGUGCAUGAGUGGUAUCAUCUCAUGCAGAGCGAUGUCCCCUCUCGUAUGGUCACCUUCUUUCUUCGAUUUAGUGCCGUUUGGGCAUAGAAAAUCACUUAAUCUCUGGGUAUUGUAGGAACUGUGAAGGAUUGCUUCAUCCCAGCUUUGCGGUCAGGCCCCACCCCCUUCAAUUCUGAUCCAUUAAAGGGACAUUAUUGUGUUCGGAAUACAAACCUGUUCUCCUAACGAUAUAGAAACAUAGAAUGUGACGGCAGAUAAGAACCAUUCGGUCCAUCUAGUCUGCCCAAUUUUCUAAAUACUUUCAUUAGUCCCUGGCCUUAUCUUAUAGUUAGGAUAGCCUUAUGCCUAUCCCACGUAUGCUUAAACUCCCUCACUGUGUUAACCUCUACCACUUCAGCUGGAAGGCUAUGCCACGCAUCCACUACCCUCUCAGUAAAGUAAUACUUCCUGAUGUUAGUUGUAAACCUCUGUCCCUCUAAUUUAAGACACUGUCCUCUUGUUGUGGUAGUUUUUCUUCUUUUAAAUAUAGUCUCCUCCUUUACUGUGUUGAUUCCCUUUAUAUAUUUAAAUGUUUCUAUCAUAUCCCCCCUGUCUCGUCUUUCCUCCAAGCUAUACAUGUUAAGAUACUUUAACCUUUCCUGGUAAGUUUUAUCCCGCAAUCCAUGAACCAGUUUAGUAGCCCUUCUCUGAACCCUCUCUAAGGUAUCAAUAUCCUUCUGAAGAUACGGUCUCCAGUACUGUGUACGAUACUCCAAGUGAGGACUCACCAGUGCUGUGUACAAUGGCAUGAGCACUUCCCUCUUUCUACUGCUAAUACCUCUCCCUAUACAACCAAGCAUUCUGCUAGCAUUUCCUGCUGCUCUAUUACAUUGUCUGCCUACCUUUAAGUCAUCAGAAAUAAUCACCCCUAAAUCCCUUUCCUCAUAUGUUGAGGUUAGGACUCUAUCAAAUAUUCUGUACUCUGCCCUUGGGUUUUUACGUCCAAGAUGCAUUAUCUUGCACUUAUCCACAUUAAAUGUCAGUUGCCACAAUUCUGACCAUUUUUCUAGUUUACCUAAAUCAUUUGUCAUUUGGCUUAUCCCUCCUGGAACAUCAACCCUCUUACAUAUCUUAGUAUCAUCAGCAAAAAGACAUACCUUACCAUCAAGACCUUCUGCAAUAUUACUAAUAAAAAUAUUAAAGAGAAUGGGUCCAAGUACAGAUCCCUGAGGUACCCCACUGGUGCACUUAUCCCUUGUUCUAUAUAGGUCCCACCCCCGUGUUUUUAAUAAAACUAAUAAAAAUUUUCCCUACUUUUUACCAGCACAAAGUCUCCCUUGGCACAGCUUAACUCUCCACCUCCUGUGACAUCAUCCUGAUGGUCCAAUUCAAUGCUUCCCAUAGAGGAGCAUUGGGGACCUGAUGCACAUGCGCAGUGACCGUUGCAUGCGUCCAACCUUUCCCUAAGGAAAGCACUGUGUUCCUUCCACAUCACUUGACAGAUUUUUAGGUACAUUUACCUCGAUGUAAUUCAGCCCUAGAGGUACAUUUUAUGCAUUUAUGUAAAACAUUGCAGUUUUUUGUUUUUCUUCAAUGAUUUACAGUGCAGGGACAUUGUAUUAUUGAAUCUUCUCAAUGAUGUGAUCUGGGUGACUUUAGUGAUCUCUCAGGGUUAUUCCUUGCUUUGGAAAAUUAACAGGGAAUAUCAUAUGAUUAUUCCAAAACAAUCACGGCUUGGAUGUUUUUAGCUUAAAUUUUCUAGUUUGAUUCUAAAUUUGUUACAUUUCAGUGUUUAGUAAAUACAGAAAACUCAAAUUCUAAAACUGUACAAGUGUUGGUUAAAUUUAGCCUUUAAAAAAAAAAAAACUCCAACAGAUUAUGCAGCGCUGUACAAUUAGUGGAGGAUGUACAAUAUACACAGACUAAUACAAAAGGGCCCUGCCCGUAAGCUGAGAUCUAGCCAUUGAAGCUUAGCUAGAUACCUCAUGAGCUUACAAUCUAAAGGUAAAAUAGGGAAAUGAGACAAGAGGUUACAGAGGAAAUUGAAAUUGAUGGCAGAGAGAAUUUAUAGAAUUAAAUUACUACUUGAAGAAUAUUUUAUUGUCUUGUUUUCUACAAGUUGUGAUCUGUCUUGAGUUCUAUUUUAAAUCCCUGUCUGCUUUAUACGAAGCUCCCAGCCCCUGCCAAUAAAUCGGCAAUACCUUUUACCUAAUGCUGCGUGUAAAAUAUGUAACGAGAUAACUCGUAACCCUUAAUGCAAUGACAGAUGCUGAUUUCUUUAGAACAUUUCAGACAUAAAAUUAAAACAGUUUUGCUGUAAAACAAAGCUUUGAAGUUUGCGUCGUUUAUGAGGGGCGAGGCAGAAUAUAAUCUCUUUCUUUUUCCAAUGUCUUGUCCAUCCUUUUUGUGAUUUAAAGGGUUUGACAUGUACCAGAAAAUAGCUUGAGCUGAAUUGUGCCUGGUGCAUGUCUCCGUGAUGCUGAGUAGACCUGGUUUAGUUUGAUGUGGUUUCAUUGACGAGCUCGGAACUCUAUGUGCAAUGAUUUUAGAUCUUGUGGCUACAAUGUAAAUACUUCAGAGGGGGUUUCAUAGCUCAACGUUCUUUCUCUGUUUGUUUCAGAUUAUAGGAUGUUGCCGGCAGUAAUUCUGGAUUUUCCCACAUGACAGACCUUGAAAAAACAACUCCACAGGAUUCUGCAUUCACAUCAUGCACCUCUCCUUCCGCAGCAAGGCUAAAUUACUGGCCGUCUCCUUGAUGCUUUUGUCUACUGUGACUUGGCUGUACUUAGGUGUUGGUGACGCAGAGUGUAAGUGUAUAAUGCUAUUGAAAUGAUUCCUGUAACUUUGUAUAAACGUGCAGAACUGCACCCCCUCCACCCCCUUGUCUGGUACCCCACGUUCCAUAGUAUGCCAGCUUAUCCAUAUCUGGGGAUUUCCUGUGUUCAUUAACGGAGUUUAAAAACUUCAAUUAAAACUAUCUGAUAUGGAUCUAUUGUUACAUAGGGCAUUUUCUACACCUAUGUGUCGCUGCUAUUUCUUAGUGUUUUUUUUUUUUUUGGUUCUGUGAUUCUAAACAUAUUAUUUAAUGUCAAUAAAAAAAUAAAAUAAACCAAUCCAUUGAAACAGUCUAAAUGUCUGUUAAUGCAAGAGGCCGUGCUUUGUAGCAGACAAGUGAUGUGUGCCAAACUUGGAUUCCUGACAAUGCAGACAAUGCGUAAUCUGUAAACCAGGAAGGAAAUUUAAUCCAUUUAGGGGAGAAAAGGGAAAAAUUGUGCAAUCACUGUGUUUAAGACUAAGCAUUAUUUUCUGUGCUGAGUUAUUUGUACAGUGCCCCAUUCUAUCCUUAACACCGAGAUGUUCGUAGCUCGUUAUAUUAGUGUGCACCACAAAAGUAUUACAUUUCUAGUGAUGUUACUAAAAAUUGCAUAAAAAAAACAGCCUUUCAUUAUUAAACCAAGUGACAAAGCCAGUCUUGGCCAUUUUCAUCCAUGCACAUUGUAUAAGAAAGAUGGAAAAUAGUUGACGUUUCACGUCUUCAUGGUGGGCUCUGUCCUGACAUUUGUUUGUCUUCUCCUCAGACGGACAACCUUCAAAGCUCAAAGCUCCACGUGAUUCUCCCAAAUCCUAUUCUCAGCAGGAGCUGGAGGCGCGUCUUCAGGUAGCUGAGGAGGACAACAGGAAGCUGCGACUCCAAUUAGCAGAUUUACGGAGCGAGGACUUGGAAGAUGGAAAAGGAUCGUCAAGAGACAACAGCAGCCAUUGUGAGCAGAGGAGUUUGGCACAGAAGUGUGAGGUGAGGUAUAGAUUGUUCUCCACCUGCCCGUAUGUUUAUUUUUUUUGUCAAGGGAAUUGAAUAACUCCAGGGAAUCGUAAUAGCUUUGUUUUGCUAGAAUAUUUAAACUUUGUAACUGCGUAAAGGCUAAUCGGUGCCUAUAAGAGCUUCAAACCUUUAGCUCUAUUUAACAAGGACUAUGAAAAAAACAAAAAUGAUGUCUGUCUGGGGGGUUUGUACGGUGCCACCGAGGGGGACUACCUACCAUUUCGGUUUUUGUGCAGCCCUCACUGAUUGGAUCAUCUUACUUUCCUGUACAGAUAUUUUUGAUGCAUCAUUAAACCUCCCUGUUAUGACAUCCUACAGCAUAAAGAGUGGCCUUGGGUGCUGAGGGAUCCUUCCGCUUUUGUUAAACUGCUUCAAAACAGUUUGAUGAAAACCAGUGGCAUUUCAACCAGAUCCUCUUAGCUGCCGUGUUAACACGUGCAAAAACCUGUAGUGUCUGGUUUUUUUUGUCUGUUGUUGGCACAAGUCCAAUAAAUGUAGUUUUUGUCCAAUGCCUUUUUAUAUUUAUCCAGUAGAAUAGCAUUAACUUACUAUGUCUUUCUCUCUCUCAGCUGAUCCACGUCGCAAUAGUCUGUGCUGGCCAUAACAGCAGCAGAGAUGUGAUAACUUUGGUGAAAUCCAUACUCUUUCACAGGUAAAGAUUCACUAAGAAACGUUUAACAAGAAUGAAUGAUUGUUAGUGCUUUAAUGCUUCCAGGGACCCAUGGUGAGAUAUGUCGGCAUGAAAGAUCUAUAGCUUUGCUCCUCAGAUCUCGGCUGCAGUUUGUACACAUGGACACUAUGUUUCCGUUUUUUCUUUUUUUUCUUCUACCUAUCUGUAGAAUGUGCCAUUAACAAGGCCUGGGGUGCUCCAUGUUUUAUGUGAAAAUAUGUCUGAACGGCUCAAGCCUGCAGACACAUUCAUUGGUUCCACGUAUACAUUAACGCUGGACAGUUUAGUAUGCUUAAAAAAUGAACUUGAUCAUAUGGUUUCUCUGAUUUCUGUCUGAUUUAAUUAUGUUUACUUAUAUUUCCCCCCCUAGAGUUCAACAGAACACCAAGUUCUCUUACAAAGUAUAUUUACCCCCCCCCCCCCUUUUUUCUUUUUUUCCAGUUUUUUAAUAGUUGCAUGAAAUACCAAAUUAAUAAUUUUAUUGGAUUUUUUGGGGUACUUUGUACGGAAUUUUCUUAUCCCCAUGUCUUUACAGGAGAAACCCAAUACAUCUUCAUCUGAUCACGGACUCUGUGGCUCUCAACAUUCUGGGAAACCUGUUCAAAACGUGGAAGGUUCCAUCGCUGCAGAUUAGCUUCUAUAACGCCAGUGAACUUAAAGUAAAUAUUCCGUGAAUGAUCAGAUUUCACGCAGGAAAAGGGUGAUGAUAUAAAUCCUCAAGGGCUUGGUUUCCAGAAAACCGACAGUUUUCAGGGGGGUCUUUGCAUAUUUUUGGAGUGCAAGUAAUUGUUUGUUUGUUUUUUUUGUUUUUUUUUAACCCAUGUGGCUGCACAAGAGGCAUUUGAGUUUUAACUUGGGUCUACUAUAUAAUCGACCAUAUCUUAAAUAUAUAUAUAUAUAUAUAUGUAUAAAAAAAAACAAAAAAAACCAUUGCUUGAGAAUUUGUAAAAAAUGGCUACUUUUGCCUAAAAGUUGCAGUUUCUUUGAAUAUAUUCCUGGUUUUAUAAAAUAAUCCUGUAUGUGACACCCUUUUAAUUCAAAUAUGUAUAUACAUAUAAAUGUAUGUUCAAUCUCGUUGUCUCACAGUUCUCCCCUCUGCACUUUUUUUUUUUUUUUUUGGAAAUAGCCGGAGGUCUCAUGGAUCCCCAACAAACACUAUUCAGGGAUUUUUGGGUUAAUGAAGUUGACCUUGACUAAAGCGUUGCCAUCCGACCUCUCAAAGGUCAUCGUGCUGGACACUGACAUCACCUUUGCUACUGACAUUGCAGAGUUAUGGGCCAUCUUCAGAAAAUUCACAGGUACAGUCAUCCCAUUGGAACUCGGGUCAGUUUUUUACUCUAUUUUACUCCUUUCAGAGCUCUCAUUAUUCAUUGUACUUUUGGUUCCAUGAUUUUCCUAUUGAUCCGUGGCAUAUUAAACAAACAUCUUACUUUUAGGAAAGUCCCCUUUGAUAUCCAUUUCUGCCCCAUGUCUCAGGCUCUUAUCAUUUUAGGUCAGCAAGUUUUGGGUCUGGUGGAAAAUCAGAGUGACUGGUACUUGGGCAACCUCUGGAAGAACCACAAGCCAUGGCCAGCUCUUGGUCGCGGAUUUAAUACAGGUAUAAAACCCAUACUCUGUCUAAAGAAUCAGUUACCGCAGCGGGGGAUAUUUAUCAUUGUGUUGUAUGAAAACAUAUUGUGCAAAGCUGUAAAAAGUGAAAUGGUCACCAUCAAUGGACUCUGCUGGAACAUCCAAAGGCUUAUUCCCUAAACUGAGAAUUCAAAGUGAAUUUUAAAUGUAAGGCCAGAGAAGCAUAGCUGACUUUUUUUUUUGAGCUCUGAUAUUUUAACCUAAAACUUAAAAUUCACUUUGAAGCCUCACUCUAGUAAAUAAGCAUGUUAAUGAUUGUUCCACUUGUAGAACGUUGCGCAACUUUUUCACAUUCCAAAAAUUUUAAGAAUUUGCUCAAUCGUCUUCACAGUGCAACAUUAAGCUGCUAGUAUUCAUUAAUCACAGACCUAAUGAAUGCAAUUAACUAGUACUGUCUGAUUAUCUGCUCCCCAGGGGUCAUCCUCUUGCUUUUAGACAAGCUGCGUAUGAUUGGCUGGGAGGAGUUGUGGCGCGUAACUGCUGAGCGAGAACUAAUGAACAUGUUGAGCACUUCUCUGGCUGAUCAGGUGAUAAUGGAAGGUGUUAUGUUCUACGACUCCUGCCAGGUUUUCGGUUCUAUCUAACGCUCUCCAAUCUUUCUAUUUUGUAGGACAUCUUUAAUGCGGUUAUUAAGAGUUCCCCUACCCUUGUGUACCAGCUGCCUUGUUACUGGAAUGUACAGCUGUCUGAUCACACGCGUUCUGAGCAGUGUUACAGCGAAUUGGCCGAUCUCAAGGUGAGAUUUCAUAACUUAUUCAUUUAAUGUGGUCCUGUCACACACGUUAUACUGUGCGUUUUUCAGGCAAGCCGUGCACAUGGUUGACGUAAGCCACUUUAAAUCUGAAAAUGGCUACUCUAUACCACUAGUAUGUCAUCUCUUGUUCUAAACCGACAUCACAAUUUCCGUCUUACUCUCCACGUGCUAUUCAUUUAUGGACCCUUCAUGGACUCUUCCAAGACGAGUCACAUCAUACCUCCAGUGUAGAUAUCUAUUGCAGUUACCCAACGAACCCUUAGUCUAGAAGAUAGAAAUUCUGUUGUUGGAAUUAUGUCAUUACAUUAUAUUGUUAUUACGUAAAACUAGCUUCUUUAUGUAUUGUUUUUUAAUGCAUAGAUAAAGGAUACGACUGCUUUUCAAUGCAUCUCCUCUUUUACUUUGGUUUCUCAGAUGUUUCUCUUGAAGUCCUUUUUGGUGGGAACCACCACUUAUGUGACCGAAGGCCAUGUACAGUUUGCAUUUGAAACUGCGACAUGUGCAACACCAGGAUUUGUGUACACAUUGUACCUUUAGAUAAACUGUGUUUCUGACCAAAUAGGAUUCAAAGAUGGUUGCUCAAACAUAGCAAAGGAAACCCAGAGAUGCACUGACAGAGGUAUUCACAAAUGUGUUCACCCUACAAUUGUCAAUGGGAAGGGUAUUGUUUAGUCUAUGGAGAGCUACAGCGUUAAGAUAGAUUUGACAAGGUUCUGAAGGAGAGUUAAAGGACCACUAUAGUGCCAGGAAAACAUACUCGUUUUCCUGGCACUAUAGUGCCCUGAGGGUGCCCCCACCCUCAGGGACCCCCUCCCGCCCGGCUCUGGAAAGGGGAAAGGGUUAAAAACGUACCUUUUUCCAGCGCUGGGCGGGGAGCUCUCUGCCUCCGAUCCUCCUCCUGGGCUGAAUGCGCACGCGCGGCAAGAGCUGCGCGCGCAUUCAGCUCGUCGCAUAGGAAAGCAUUUACAAUGCUUUCCUAUGGACGCUUGCGUGCUCUCACUGUGAAAAUCACAGUGAGAAGCACGCAAGCGCCUCUAGUGGCUGUCAAUGAGACAGCUACUAGAGGAAUUGGGGGAAGGCUUAACCCAUUCAUAAACAUAGCAGUUUCUCUGAAACUGCUAUGUUUAUAAAAAAAAAUGGGUUAACCCUAGAAGGACCUGGCACCCAGACCACUUCAUUAAGCUGAAGUGGUCUGGGUGCCUAGAGUGGUCCUUUAAGACGAAUACACAUUCACUCUCUACUCACGAGACGCUGAAUUAUUAUUUUUUUAUUUCCAACACUAAAAAAUGAAGAUGGUGUUCCUUAAAGAACACAUUAAAGCAGGCACCCCAAACUCCAACCCUCCAAAUGCUGCUGAACUAUUCCUUAUAAUAUUAUCUUAUCUAUUUCAUUCAAAGAAUUCUGGGAGUUGUAGGCUAUCCAUAUUGGAGUGGUGGGCUAGAGUUUGAGAUCCUUUGAGUGGCUAAAGGUUUAUUGCCACGGUUUACCCUUACUUCAGCUAUAAAGGAAUUGCUAAAAUAUAACUUCAUACCUAUUGGAUGAUUUCCACUAGUUUAUACAGAUCUGUUAGGAGUGCAUCCUUAUUAAAGGACCACUAUAGUGCCAGGAAAACACUUGUUUUCCUGGCACUAUAGUGCCCUGAGGGUGCCCCCACCCUCAGGGCUCCCCUCCCACCAGGCUCUAGGGGAUGGAAGGGGUUAAAUUUACCUCUUUUUCCAGCGCCGGGCAGGGGACUCUCCUCCUCUUCUCCUCUUCAUCGGCUGAAUGCGCAUGUGCAGCAUUCAGCCAGCCCAUAGGAAAGCAUUCAUAAUACUUUCCUAUGGACGCUGGCGUCUUCUCACUGUGAAAAUCACAGUGAGAAGCACGGAAGCGCCUCUAGCGGCUGUCAGUGAGACAGCCACUAGAGGCUGGAUUAACCCUAUCUGAAACUGCUAUGUUUAUAGAAGUAAGGGUUAAUCUUAGCUGGACCUGGCACCCAGACCACUUCAUUAAGCUGAAGUGGUCUGGGUGCCUAUAGUGGUCCUUUAAUGAAAAAUAUUGGAUUUAAUCAGGUUUCUGGAGCAUUGUGUCUCUCACCACCUUUCUACUAGCUACCUCCCAAUAAAUGUAAUGAUCCUAAAACCAGAAAUGACGUCAUGGCCCUCCGCAUUAUUUUGUCUGCCAGUGACUUGCCUCUGUAUAAACCACCAAUGAUUGUGAAAUACGCUGGAAUACAUUGUCACAAUAUAAAUGCUAUUAAAAGCUUAUCUCAUCCGAUGAUUUUUAUUGAUUACAGUAACCAGAACUGCAUUUUCAUAUAUGGAAAAGUAGGGGGGAAAAAACCCUCUAUUGACUUGUCAAGGGCACUUAUUGAACAAGGAUGGUGGAGACAUCAUCAGGCUGUGCUUUAACUGAAGUUCCCUGUUCAUUUGCUGUGACUUGUUCUUGACCUAUAUCCGUUAUCAGGAGGAUGAUUAGUAUUGACUAUUUAUUACACAGGUAAUUCACUGGAAUUCUCCCCACAAGCUCCGGGUCAAAAAUAAACACGUAGAACUGUUUCGGACCCUUUAUCUCACCUUCUUAGAGUAUGACGGUAGCCUCCUGCGGAGGGAGCUAAUUGGCUGUCCGACUGACGGAGAACAAGAAGACAAUCAGGAGGUAGGUGUCUUUUUAUAAUCAAAUAUACAUGCUUAUUGAAACUUGCAUCUUUCUCUCUUGCAAUGGAAAUGCGAUUACAAUGCGGGUAGCGACUGUUUAUAAAGGUUUACAAGGACACUGUAGGCACCCAGAUUUUAACCCCUUCAGCCCCAUGGGAGGGGUGAGACGAGGGAGGGAUGGACCUAUUAACCCUAUAGUGCCAGGAAAAUUGCUUUGUUUUCCUGGCGCUAUAGGAUCCAUUUAGGAAUACAAUACCUCUUAUUGGAUUGCCAUUAAUUCUCCCUAGAGAACCUUAUAUGUUUCUGUCCUGCACUCUGUACGGUUAACUCUUCGCCUGCAAAUCUUAUCUCUACUUUAUGUCUUGGGACAAGGGUUACCUGAUCCCCACGCGGUCUGGAUGUGUAACGCUUCAGAAAGCUGAUUGGUUGCACAUGUUCUUCUGGAAUCCUUCCUUUAGUCAAUGGAUUCCUUUCCUACACCAUAUUCUACAUAUUGUGGCAUGAAGAAGUGAUAUCAAUGAAAGCAUCAUCGAUCUGACAUUUCUACUUUCAAUUGUCUGUUCUAGAAUGAAAAACUGUGAAUGUUGGGCUAAAGAUGUUAAAAUAGUACAUUUUAAAUGACUCUCACAUGCCAAAGAUACUGGUGUUAUCUUGGUAUGCUCCAAACUUCAUCCAUACAUAGCAGUGGCUACAAUUCCUUACCAUUAAUAUUACUUAUUAGUCUGGCCGCUGGCACUGCAAUGCUACAAAUAUGGGCAAUGUGCGUGAUUGCCAUUUCUAUUUUAAGAUGAAUGCAGGAGGGCUUUUGUAAGAAAUUUUCAUCCAUACAUUUGCUGGUGAUUUUAUUGGCGUAAUGUACAGAUUAAUUGAAAUACCUAUUUAAAGAUGACCUUGUUGCUCCCUUUUCUAUAACGUACCCUAGAGCUCACUUGUAUAUUGAGGAUUGCAAUCAUUCAGGAUCUGCAGUCAGUUAGAACUCUCAAAAUAACAAUUUGCAUUCUGGUUCUGAAGGGUUUAAAAUGCUUGUCUUAUGUUGUUGUACUGUGCUUACAUGUCUGUUGCAGGCAGAGCUGGCAUUACUAGAUGAGGAGGAUCCAUGCUAUGACUUCCGCCGGGAACGUUUAGCAUCACACCGCGUUCACCUCUCCUUCCUCCCUCAUUAUACAGCGUCUACUGACCCGAAUGACGUUACCUUGGUGGCACAGCUCUCCAUGGACAGGUCAGUAUGAGCAUAGAACAUGUUAAGAGGAGAUGGGGGUAGGAAUAACAGCAGAUUACUUUAAAGGAGACUCUGGAGUAGUGUUUACCCCAUCCUGUUUUAAAAAGAAUUUGGGAAAAUAUAUAAAUAAGAAAAAUUUGGACAGGAGUAUUAUUUUUCCUCCUUCAAUUUCUUUGCUUAUAAUGACAUUUUUUUGCCAAGAACUCAUGGAUGAUAUCUGGUCAUCCUUUUGUAUAUGUGAUAAUGUGAUAUGUACUUCAAACCAGUAGAUUCAUUCCUAAAAAUGUAUUUUAUUAACGUACACUCAGCACAAAAACAUUAGCUUAAUGAAGCAGUUUUGGUGUACAGAUCACGCCCCUGCAGUCUCACUGCUCAAUUCUCUGCCAUUUAGGAGCUAAAGCACUUUGUUUCUGUUUACACAGCCCAAGCUACAUCUCCCCUGGCCAUAACCUACUUUUAAAGUAAACAAACUGUGCUGUUAGGUCUGAUUGAAAAUGAAACCAAUUUUUUAUGUAGGCUGUGUGAAUCAUAGCCAGAGGAGGUGUGGCUUGGUCUGCCGAAACAGAAACAAAAGUGAUUUAAGUGCUAAAUGGAGAGAAUUAAGCCUGAUCUAUACUCAAAAACAGCAUCAUUAAGUUGUUUUGGUGCUUAGAGCAUCCUUGUAAAAUACUUGUCAAACCAAUAGAAUUUGCAGCCUACAACUGAUGUACAGGCUACUGCACGGAGAACCGAUAUGUUAUUUAGGACAGGAGAUGCUCUCUGCAGUUUUAAUGAACUAAAUGAAAGGCGACAAGUGACUUCUUGAACAAUAAUCCAGGCACAGAGUUAAAGUAGUUAUGGUGCUUGGUGUCGCUCUAAAAAACCCCUCCCACCAAAAAAACCCCCCCACCAUAAUAUCAGAUGUUGAGUAGUUAUGAGAACAUAAGCUAAAGAAAUUUUAGUGUGUUCUGUUAUUUAUUUGUAACAAGAGAAAUCUCAAUGUAUCCAUCCUGGUAAAAUAUUUUAUAAAUAAAUAAACUUGCCCUGUGUGGUAUUUACUACUCUACCCAUAGCCUAAAUCUGUGGGUAGAUUUUACAGAUUAGAGAGUUAUUGGUAUUAUAUGUUACCUAUAUAAUGAGGCAAAACGUGAAGGUUUGGUGUGUUUUUAGGGGUAUAACUUUUUUUUUUUUCUUCAGAUUGCAGAUGUUGGAGUUAAUUUGCCGGCACUGGGAAGGACCAAUGAGUUUGGCCCUGUACCUUUCUGAUGCAGAGGCACAACAGUUCUUGCGGUAUGCUCAGUCCUCUGAGGUCCUUCAGUCUCGGACUAACAUUGGAUAUCAUGUAGUCUACAAAGAGGGGCAACUGUAUCCCGUCAACCUUCUCAGGAAUGUAGCCCUGCGCAACGCACAGACACCAUAUGUCUUUUUGUCUGACAUCGAUUUUCUGCCCAUGUAUGGACUGUAUGAGAACAUAAGGUAGUGUAGAUAGUAACUGUUAUGGGGUUUUUGUGCUUUAAGUGGCAGUCUAACAAACACAGCUCAGUGUAAUAUUAAUAUUGCCUACAGUGCCCUGGCUCCGUCCCCUGGCUUAAUAUCAAAUCGAUUAGGAACGGUUUGAUAGAACCUGGGCUCUUCCCGGCCGCAUUGAUAAUGUAGAAUUCACCUUCUGGAUUAUCAAUUUCGCCCAAUGUGGAUAGCACUGGCCUAACUAAUUGAACAGCUGCGGAAUUUGUUGGCGCUUUAUAAAUGCCAGUAAUAAAUAACCAGCUACUCAUUGAUGUCCAGGUGUUCACAACUGACUGAUAAUGUUUAAUUCCACAUUAUCUGCCAUUAUGGACUGUGGGGUGGUACCUCCCAACCCCAACCACAACCCCCCAAUCACCCCCCACCACACGGAAAAGUUUCAAAAAAUUUUUUUUUUUUUAAUUAAACCGUUUGACUCCAAAUGCGGGGGACAGUAUCAUGGCACUCUAGGCAGCAUAAUAAUGUUUUUCCAACAUUAAACAUUCUGCGUUACUUAUGUCAGUAUUGAGAUGUUUAAUCUCCAGUUGUAUUUCCAAUUCUCCUUCCUCCAGCACAUAUCAGUUUCUUUUCUUACAGGAAGUCUGUAGUCGAGCAGGACAUGGCAAACUCACCAAAAGCACUUAUAAUUCCUGCGUUUGAAACUCUACGUUAUCGUCUGGCCUUUCCAAAAUCCAAAGCAGAGCUGUUGUCCAUGCUGGAUAUGGGGGCCCUCUACACAUUCAGGUGAGAUGUCAACCAAUGGAAAUUUCAUUAUUCUUGUGCCUCCUUAACCCCUUAAGGACCAAACUUCUGGAAUAAAAGGGAAUCAUGACACGUCACACAUGUCAUGUGUCCUUAAGGGGUUAAACACCGCUACAUACCUAAAGGAACACUAUAGGUACCAUAACCACUAUGGCCUGCUGUAGUGUCUAUAGGGCCGGGAGAGCCCUAGCACCCUCUUAAAUUAAUUUGACAACUUAUCUGGACCCUGCCAGUCACCUCGUCUCAUGGAGCUGUAAGUUCUAUUCAGCUAAGGUCUGACCUGCAUGGAGUUUCCGUGAGUUCUACUGAGCAAAGGUCUGACGUGCAUGGAGCUUAUGUGAGUUCUACUGAGCUAAGUCCUGACAUGCAUGGAGCUUUUUCUGGCGUGCAGAGCUGAUUAAUUGACUGACAACCCCUGCAAUGAGUGCAGCUACACAUGGCACGGCAUAGCUCAGUCCAGGAGUUAUUAAACUCCACAAUAAUUGGUCAAACCAUUCUUAAAUCAUUUAACCACUUAUCUUAAAUGGAAACUCCUAUCAACAGAAAGCUAUAGUUAUCAUAGUGCUCAGUGUUUCUUUAAAAGGAUACUAAAGUCACCCUUUCUGAGAAACUGCUUUAAUUACCUCUGAGGGUUACUCCUCCUCUAGUGGCUAUCUACCAGACAGCCACUAGAGGGACUUCCUGACUUGAAACGGAUGUUUGGUUCAUAAUCGGACGCUGGACGACUUUACACUCUGCAUGAGGAACUCAAGCGUCAGAUGUUUCCUCACAGGAAAGCAUUGAAUAAUUGCCAUGGCUGCGCAUGCGCAUUAGGUCUCCCCUGCCGGCUGACUUUGGCGGGGGAGGAGCGUGAGGAAGCAUGACCCAGCAGUGAGGCUGGAUUCAGGUAAGUAACUAAAGGGGUUUUUAACUCCUUUAGCCCUGGGGGGGGAUACUGUGGGCUUCUAUAGUGCCAGUAAAACAGCAUUGUUUCCUUGCACUAUAGAAUCCCUUUAAAUCUACCUCGAGUGGCACUUCUGGUGCACGGACAGAGUAAAACUGUUACGUGCCAGGAGGUUCAUAGGAAAGCACGCAAUACAGUGAUUUCCCAUGCGGAAGCUUACGUAUGCACAUAACACUUGCUGAGCAUGCACAAGUAUUCAGGUUUGUAUUCCUAAUGCUAGUGUUCCUUUGCUUUUAAGAAAGUACUUGAGUACUCACCACCUGUCCGUAGAUAUAAAUAAAACUCCAACAAUUAUUGGUAUUUUCUAAUUGCUGCAAGAGUGUUAUUUGAAUUUUCCUGUUCAAAAUGUAUGUAUUAUAACAAUAUAUUUGAGAAUUGUCAGUUGUGUAGGCAUUAUGGUACUAUUCUGUUCUUUCCUAGAUACCAUGUGUGGGAGGUAGGCCAUGCCCCAACCAACUUUGCCAAGUGGAGAACAGCAACUACCCCAUACCACGUAGACUGGGCACCAAACUUUGAACCAUAUAUAGUUGUCAGACGGGACUGUCCAGAAUAUGACCAGCGAUUUCUAGGCUUUGGCUGGAACAAAGUAUCUCAUAUUAUGGAACUAGAUGCAAAGGUACUGUAAGUCCAAGUUAUCGCCUCUCAACAAUAUUUUGUUUAGGAUUAGCGUUCUGAUGUGAUGUGUUCUCUUCCUAGGAGUAUGAAAUGGUGGUCUUGCCCAAUGCCUUCAUCAUCCAUAUGCCCCACGCCCCCAGCUUUGAUAUUUCUAAGUUUCGAUCAAGUGAAAACUACCGUCUUUGUGUCCAGACCUUGAAAGAAGAGUUUCACCAGGACCUGUCCAGACGUUAUGGGUCUAGAGCCCUCAAAUAUCUUGCAGCACAACAAAACCAAUGACCUGGAGUAAGAAGUGUGUCCUUGCAAACUAACACAGGUGGAGGAUAAAUGGGUUUCUGCCUUAUUGUCAAAUCGGAUCCAUGAAACCCUACCACUGAGGGUAGAAGAUGCAUAGAAAAACUGUCAAGUUUUCAAAUGAGUAUGGUUGCAACGUGAUAAAACAUGGACGAGAUAUUCUUUUUAAAUGAGUAAAAAGAACUUAAUGGUGAGGACAAAUAUUUCAGGCAGAACUUUCAGUCUUCUGAGAAGACCAUUUGACAAUCAAUGUAAUUUUACAAACUUUGAAGGCUAUGAACCUUCAACCUGAACACUAGUCAAAAGUCACUGUAUUAAACUUUUUUUUUUUUUUUUUAAUGACUUGUUUAUCCUCGUUCUAUAUUUAAAUUAUUUAAAUCCAAUGUCAAGUCAUAUAGUACUGGAGCUAGGACAGGAUUCCUGCUUGAUUCUAAAUAUAUUUUUUAAAAAUGCAUUUCUUACAAUAAAAUGCCACUCUUUUAUAAUC